AUCUCCAGCUGAUCUUAAAACAACCUAGGUCAGCUCAGACAUAUUCAUUCAAAUGGGCUGAAAUACUGGAGAGCACUGUGGUUAUACAGGCCUCCCUUCUAACCAGCUACUGAAUUGACUGAAUCAAGGUCGCAACAGGUUCUGCCCUGAGCAGGUAGGUACAAAAUUUAUUUUACCACUGGCAAUCUUUUGUUGUGGUCAAACUAAGGGACCUGGGUUCAAAACUAUAAAAGGAUGGAAGACUGGCAAGGCCUCAAAAUAGCGUGUGAAGCCCCUAGGCCAAGCAGGUUUAUGUUUCAAGUGGGGAUAAAGGAAUAGGAGCUAAGAUGUAUUUAACAAUGAGAGAAAAAGGGAAGGAGCAAAAGGAACAACUCAGACACAACUUUUAUUGUAAAUCAGUAAACAAAAAUGGAGGAAAAUGGAGUCUAAUAAAUCAGUUAUCCACAGGUGAAUGAUCAUACUUUCAGGCCUAUCUUUUGUUACACAGUCCUAGGCUUCAAUACACGUGUAGGCCUCAGUCUCACUCUCUGGUUGUGGUGCUGUGACGUUUGCUUUUCCAAACGGAAAAGUUGUUGAGUUGUUUUUAGGGGGGCGGCCAAAGUAGUUGAGCAUUUUUUAAAAAAAGGGAAAUUGGCAUUUUGUUUGUUUUUGCAAAAUCACAAAUAAAUUGAGCAUUUUUUAAAAAAAGGAAAAUUGGCAAAAUCAACACUGCCAAAAUCUGAUGCCAUACAUCCAGGUUUUCCUGGUCAUUUAAUCAGUUUUGCACCCAGACACUGCUUUCGGAUCCAGUACUCCAAAUAUGUCCAGGAAAUUCCGGACAUAUGGCAACCCUAUCUUAGUCUCUUUCCUCUCCAAAAUCUUCAACUGAGCCACCCUCUCCAGAAUCACAAGAAACUCCUUCUGAAAUCUCAGAAAGAAAAUGUCCAGGCCUCACCCACUCAGCCUGUGAGGGAAGUUCCUGGUUCAGAGAGUGAGCAUGGAGCUUAAAAAGAGAGGAGGAAGGGCACGCUUUGCAAGAGUAGCGGUAAGACAAAUUGCUACUAACCCAGCUGGCUUUCUGAGAUCUUUGACAGAGAGAAUACGGGUGACAUAAAUCAAGAUAGACAUGCACCCAGUAAAAUCCUUGCUAGAUUUUGGGCUGAUAUCAUACCUAUCCCACACUACCUGUAUUUAGAGUCCAUGCAAAAGAGAGCCUUCAAAUGUCAGAGAAGAACCCAAAGUGAUUAUCAGAAGAAUAUUGUUACCAGGUUGGGAGAGGGAUGACCCCUCUAAUCCCAGGAUCCAUCAAGUGUUAAAAUCUAAUCAAGUUUUCCAAUUGCAGGAAAUAGCCAAUUAGUAGGAUGGGAGAGCUGAGAAAAAUGCCAAUAUAUUUCACUUCUAGCAACCAAUGCGCCUCUUUGGUUUGAGAUACUACAUGGGUAGAUGAGUCUAAAAAGUCUCGGACACAAAUUGUCACGGCCCUCUAGCAGCUAUGGUUGCCAUAUUUCAAAAAGUGAAAGUUGUUGCCAAAAUCUACUCUACUGACAUGGGUUGUUAUACAUCAGGAUUUCCCCAGACAUUUAAGCAAUUUCCGCCUGGAUGUUGUUACAUACGGCUAAAUCCUGUCUAUGUCCGGCAAAUUCCAGUCGUAUGGCAACCCUAGGCUAUGGUGGCUCAUUUACCAAUAGUAAUAGAUUUUGCAUUUUGUGUAUAUUCAGUUCUGACCAAACUAAGCCUCCUAAAGCAAAAUAUACAUCAGUAUAACGCCCCCCCCCCCCCGAAUAACAGAAUUGACCAAGGGUCAUCUGGUCUACCCCUGCCAAUAUGACUAUAAAAUCUGCAUCCCCCUCAUUCAAUUUAACAGGUGAUGGGGGAUUAAGGGGCUCUGUGCGAGAUGGCAAAUUGUUGGGGGUCCCUCCCUCAACAGAAAAGGCCAGAGUUGGGAGCAGAGUGGGCAGUGAUGUGACCUAGAAAGAAAGCAGCAAGCUGGAGCAACGUUUGAGAGCUACGUUUGAUUUCUUCUGUUUGAAUCCAGAGCUGCGGUAUGGGACUUUCUGGGGUGUUAAUGCUGUGAACCCCUCCACUGUAGACUUAGGUUGUAAAUAUAUCUAAAUAUACCAUCUAUCAUAAUGACACCACAGUCUCUGCUGGACCUCAUUCCCAAAACAAAACAGGAACUUACCGUAUUUUUGCACCAUAACACUCACUUUUUUCCUCCUAGAAGGUAAGGGGAAAUGUCUGUGCGUGUUAUGGAGGGAAUGCCUACGGGUGGCAUGCCUACGGAUUUUCCUCCUCUAAAAACUACGUGCGUGUUAUGGUCGGGUGCGUGUUAUAGAGCGAAAAAUACGGUACUCAAAGUGCCUGGAAGCCCCGGAAUCUUACACCACUUGGGAGUGGUAUGCAACAAUAUUUAGCUGCAGUGGAAGAUUCAAAGCAGUCAUGCACUGAAAUUGGAUUAGAAAAUCAGAAAUUGUUCCUGUGAUAAAGGGAUUAAGAAAACCUAUAUUUUGGACUUGUGAGGCCCUGGAACUGACUAAAUGCCUGGGACAAGUGGCAUUAAAAAUUAAGCCAGCAGUUAAUUGACAGGCAGACUUUGCAUUUGUCCAGGUUGUGGACCAGAGGAAGACACCAUACGAAAUAAACUGAAACCAUACCCCAAACCCCCAUCUAUAUUGCCAGACUAGUGUAAAUUCCACACAUCAACAUGUUUUUAAAAAGCCAGAAUACAUGAUUGAAAUGGAGAUCCAAUGAUUAUCACUGGCAAGCCAAAUGGGGAUGUGUGCAUAUGUGUUGAUUUGACCAAUUCGGGGAACUGAAGUAACACAUGAAGGCUAGAGGUAACAUUGCAUGAUUGUGGUUGGUUACUGAAAACGCUGUCACCUGCUCUACUUCUCCCAGAGGGAGGAACAAGAGCCACAAUAUAUGGGGACAGUAAGAUCCUCAGAACAGCAGGAGACAGUGCUACUGAUACGAGUUGCCACACAGGACACAUGUGAAAAUUAACUUGGUCCUCUGGUAUACAGAGUACAUCAAAGAACUCACAAAAGUUUAUUUAUUUUUAAAUUUAUAAUUAUUUUUUUCCUAGGUAAAUAUAAAAAAGAGAAAUUGUAAUAUGCCUUUUGUUAAUAUACGAUAGAAUGUGCUGUCCUCAAUGUUUGCUGUCUCAUUUAAGUUUGUAUUAUUUUGUAUUUAUUAUACAUAUAGCAGUGCCCACCUGGAUGUUCUGAAAUGCUGUAGAAGUUGUGAGCCCAACUCUUGGUAUGAUAUGCAAUUAGAAAGCUGUUGGAGUGGAAUGGGGUCAAAAUCUAAACAAAUACGAUUUGUGGCUAAAUGUGUGUAGAGGUGUGCACAUGGUUCAGGUUUUUGAUGGCAAUUUUAGUCUGAAAUUGCAUGACUAAUGUUGCAUGGCAGGCACAAGACAAUUUGUUGUCUGAUGCGAAAGACAAGAUUGAUUUCCCUUAUGCAUUUCUUGUAUAGAAAGAAGCUGACUGAUCUGGCAGUUGAAUCUUAAUCCAACACUGGCAGUGAGACAGUGUACCUGAGGUGGCUGUCUCACUUUGCCUAAAAUGGUAGGAAUGGCCCUGCUAAAGUGACAGUCAAUUCUAUUUGGAUUAGCAUUUAUAGCCUUGAGUGGAAAUGGUCUGCAGGUGCACGACAAACCAACUUUACUGAAGCAACAGUCGGCAUCUUUCCCAUGCCAGGAUGGGAAACUCUCUGAGAAACCCAUGUAUGCCACCUUGUGCUCCCUGAAUGAAAGGCAAGCUUUAAUUGUAAUAAAUAAAAUAUGCUAUGGCUCAAAGGAAAGUUAUGGCUUGAGAGCUUUCAGCAUUUAGAUAACUCAUAUUGAUAGGUAAUCUUGUCACUGAUAGGUAAUCUUGUCAGUUAAGAUAGCUAAACAAAUUAGCUCUUUUGUUGUGUCAUAAUCUGUUCCCUCGGGACCUUUUUUGGUUCCUCGCAGGUAAAGGGUCAGUGAAGACUUUUUUUUCAUUCUCCUGGUGCUUUUAAGGGAAAUCUGCUGUUGGUGCAUUGUUCCCACACCCUUUAAAACGCUUUUUAAAAAUAUCUUUGCGGCCUUAUCCUGGUGUGCUGUCUCAGGUGCGCAGGAACUGGAUUUUAUUAUACUGUAUUCGUAAAUUGAUUUCGCUGUCUACUUAACAUAUUAAUUAUUAUUACGGCUACUCCUACUAACUGUAAAACAGAACCGCUCUACCCUUAGCGUGUUUACUUUGAAGGGACUCCCGCUCCAUUCGACGGGUUUCCCCCUUAGCUUGCAUAUAGGACUGCAUUUCUGGGAUUUUUUAAUUUUAUUAUCACUGGAACAAGCCCACUUCAACCGAAGGGCGGCGAGGGGAUUUCGGCUCUGAGGAGAAUGCUGGUGUGUUGUGUGUGAGCUCGCCAUGGAAUCUUCUAUGGGGAGGGCUCUCUCUCCUUUUGCCCCUUCCGGCAGGAGUUCCUCACGGCGGCGGUUCUUCGCCAGCCCCGCGGCUCCCUCUCUUGACUCCAGGGGAAGCCAAUCUGCGUCCCUCUUGGAAAGGCAGGAGCAGGUGGAUCGACACAGCCGCUGGGAGACGUUUCUCCUCACAAAGGAGAGGGGAGGGGACGGAGUGCGCCUGCGCGCUCCACGCGGCCUCGCUCCUAGAGACGGCGGGGGGGGGGAGGAAACUCCGCAUUGAGUGUCAGGCCGGGUGAGGAAGGGAGUUCAAGGGGAGACACUCGGGAGUCGCUACCUACAGGCGGGAGCAACCCAAGCUAGAGCCGGGGCGGCUGGCUUUCUGCCCUUCCUCCUGCCUCUCUCGCCUUUCCAUCCCCCCCCCCCACCGCUUUCCCUCCCGGCUUCCCACGGAUACGAGCCAGCGAGCUGUGUGAGUAAUAGGCUCUUUCUUCAUCUCGGAAGGGUGCUCUUGGAUGGCGGGGAGGGAUGCCUUGCAUUAUAAUCCCUCCCCCCCUUGAUUUCCUCUCCCUCCCCCCUUUGAUUCCCCCCCUUCCCUUGUUCCUUCGCGGGUUCCCUUUAACUUCUUCCAGAUCUGCCUUCCCUGUGAGCUUCCUGGAGGCUUAAAGUUUUGGGACUCGGCGCUGCACGGAGCGAGCCCCCACAGCUGGCAAGGAGACAAAAGCGGGUGGGAGAGGCUGGGGGCGGACACAGAGGCAUCUUUUCCACCUGGGCACGACCACCAAGUGACCAGCUUUGUUUCCGUAGGGGAAUCUGUGAAGUCGGUGCACAGGGAUGGGGUAAUAGUAUGGGAUGUAGUAGGGAGAACUUGUGGAAAUAGGGAGUCAUCUAAGGUGACAGUCCUAUGCACGUUUAACUGCCGAUGAACUCAGCGGGACUUGCUUCCGAGGGUGCGGGUUUAGAAUUGGUCCGAAAGUCCUGGAGUUUCAGAGAUUAAAAUAUGUUACAGACAGGCUGGCAUGUGCGAACUGGUUUCUAGCUCUUUGGGAAGGCAGUGUGCAUGCUGCGUGCAUGGAACUUAUUGUGCAGGCUGCUGCAUGGCAGCGGCAGCUGUCUAGUUAAACGGAUUCCCUGCGCCUUCCCCUGCCUUUUAAUUUCGAUUUUUUUUAUCCCAGUAUGUAGCGGUGCCUUUAUAUUUUAGCACAAAGCACAGGCAAACGCUAACAAAGCCAAGCACGGAGCUUUAUAAAUGUUCCUCUUCCAGAUGGAGAUGCAGAUGGGCACUUUUUUCUGGCCAACCACACUGAUGCAUGUGGCUGUGUAGAUCAUUCUGUGCCCCAAGACUCCCUGUGUGAGGGUGUUUUGAGCAUGAAGAUAUGUGCAUGAAAUUGCACUUGCUUGCCGUUACUGUGUACCAGUGGCAUACAAAUAAUGCUUGUCUUGUAUGUUGAUAUUGGGAUGGCAUAUGUCUGUCAGAUAUGUAUUGAGAUUUUCUUUAUUUCCUGUGCCUAUUUUUUUCGUUGUCUUUCUGAGAGCCUCCUGUGAAACUCCAGUCCUUGUUAUCAGGAGCCCAAGGAAGCAAAAUGGAAGAGGUGCAGACAGUCUCUGAUGCCUUGCUAUUUGUAAUUGAAUAUUUAUUCCAGUAUAUUUAUUUUUAGCCAUGAAAAUAAAGGAGUUAGUAUGUUGACAUUUGCUAUUGCUUCGGGGUUAAUAAAAGGGGCUAUAGUGUCUGCAUAAGGACACUUAUAUGUUAUGCAUGUGAUUCUUUUAUAAAUAUCUCUUUUUACAAAGGGUAGGCUGGUGAGGUGGGGAAAGAAAUUGCUGAAAUGAACCUGAUUUUGCCUUCAUAUAUUUUUGAGGGAUAAUUUUUUGUUGCGUUGAUGCUGUAACUACUUCUCAUUUAUUAAAAUGAAUGUCAUAUCAAUAGGCUGUUACUGCUUUUGAUUGUAGUGGAGGGUAAGAAGAUUCCAGCCAUCCUGCUUUUAUUGUUCAGAGGAGAGUGCCUGAUAAUAGAGAUUGCUGUGUCCUUUUCUAGCCCCAGGGAGCAGCAGCUGGGAACUACUGCUGGGUGAAGCAGGACAAAAGCAGCAUACUGACCUUCUUUACUUGAUCUCUCUCUCUCUCUCUCUCUGCCUUACAGAUUGGCAGAUUUACCACCAGGAGUCUUUAAACUGGAGACAGAGAGAGGACAUCCUUCAAAUCCAUAUCCUGGUGGCCGAUGAUGCAGGCAUUCAAGGACUCUUUCCCAGAGCUGCUAGGCUUCUCUAAGAGCUCUGGCACUUCUUCACUGCUAAACGUGUCCAAUUAAUCCACGUGGGAAUGUGCUUGCAGAGGGGGAGAGGCCCAGUCCGAUCCGUUUAUAGCUCAGCUGCUGGCAGGGGGGAACAGGUCCUUAAGCAGUACUAAGAAGGAUGGAGCCACAAAAGAAUCUGCUGGGCACGUGCUCUGAUGCACUGAUUUGACAGUGUUGGAUUGUAGACUCCCUUAUUCCAGAGUGGCUGUGGCUGAUGUUGAAAGCCACAGUGCAUGCUUGCGUGCUCAUGGGAUGAAAAGACAGCAUUGAUUUUCAACGAGAUUAUGCAUCUGAUUGGAAAGUGGUAACUCUCAGUCCAAACUGGGCUUGUGAUCAGCAUGCUUUUGUCAGGGAUAACAAAGCAGCAGAAGCACCAGCGCCCAAAUUCUCUUGGGGGACAGCAGCCAGAAAAGGCAGAUGAGAGCUUCAGGUCCAAGAGCUUGCCGGUUCUGAAUGGAUCUGUUCCACCGAUUAACACCUCACAAAGUGCUCUCAUUACAGCCAAAAGGAACUUACAGAGCUUCCAGGGGGGUUCUGAUCAGAGAUGUGGCCUUGACCCUGACACAUUAGCACAUCGCAGCAAUGUUGCUGCUGCUGCUACUGCUUCUUCCAGGACUAUGUUCUCUUUUACAGCUUCCAGUUUUUCAAGAAUUGGGAGUUUUGCUGAAAGAACAGGCUGCAAUAACUCUGCCAGCAUUAGUAAAGGGGUUUCACCAGCUUCUACGCUGCUGGCAAUCCCAGGUAGAAAAUUUCUCAAUGUAGUAUUGAUAGAUUCUAGGUUCUUCUUGGUGUGCAUGUGCUUCCUGACUUUCAUCCAGUCCCUUAUGGUCUCUGGCUAUCUGAGCAGUGUUAUCACCACCAUUGAAAGGAGGUACAGUCUGAAAAGUUCUGAGUCUGGGCUGCUGGUCAGCUGUUUUGAUAUUGGCAGCCUGGUGGUAGUGGUUUUCAUCAGUUACUUUGGGGGACGAGGACGAAGGCCUCUCUGGCUUGCUGUCGGUGGAUUAUUUAUUGCACUUGGGGCUGCCAUGUUUUCUUUACCUCAUUUCAUCUCUCCACCAUAUCAGAUCCAGGAAUUGAACUCUUCUGUCUCUAAUGACGGCUUGUGCAUGACUGGCAAUAACUCCAAAGACCAUGCGGAGUCGCCAGAGUGUUUCAGGGAUUCAGGUGGAAAGGACCACUCACUCUAUGUAGCUUUAUUUAUUUGUGCCCAAAUUCUCAUUGGCAUGGGCUCCACACCCAUCUACACCUUGGGACCAACCUACUUGGAUGACAAUGUCAAGAAAGAAAACUCAUCACUCUACCUAGGUAAGAUGGCUGUGUGUAAAAACAGAUGUGUGUUGAAGGGGAUCACCUCCCACAUUAAAAAAAGCCCCAGAAGAUAGUCAGCAGUGGUAUUGGCUCUGCAUUUAAAUUCACUAGCAUUUAUGUAGUGUAAACGUUGCAUUUAAUGUUUCAUAAGAACUCAGACUUUGGCAGCUGUUACCAGCUCUUCUGAGAACUUUGCUUCAUUGGCUCAUGGUUUGUAUUUUCAUCCACAAUGAAGUAUCUUUUCAAGUAGUGAUUGGGAGAGAUUUAAUUAGGUACUUGAUUUUUCAGUUGAAAUCUGAGGUAUGUGAACAUGCUUCAGUUUCAGUGGGUUGGUUGGCUAGCACUUGUCUGUCUCGGAAGACAAUGGAAGAGUGUGCCUUUGUGGGUGAAGCCGAACCAUUGGAGAGUUAAAGCGCCUGCUGUGACUGUAGAGACCAAUACAUUAGAACAUGCUUGGUUGCACCUGGGGCAGAUGACGGUGUCCGGUUGUGCUGAUGCAGAUGUACCAAUGGUGUUUCUUCUUUACAUGUGAUUUUUAAAAAUAUAGGUCCAGAUUCAACAAACAUAGCACACUAGUGGAAGCCAGUGUAAGGCCCCCGUUAGCACACCAGGGCUUUCCCUUUCUGCCUCCCCCAAAGCCAUUCUGGAAGGUCAGUAGAACCCCCCAGAACAGCACGCAAGGGAAGAUAGAGGGAAUUGUUUCAUCUGACAAGCAGAAAUGUUUGCGCUGAUGGAUCGACUAGAAGAGAGUAACCUUGAAUUCUUCCCUCAGUGACCAGGUGUUACGGUGUCUCGAGUUUUGCUUUUUAUAAUGCCUGAUAAAUAGUUCAAUCCACUUAGGUUGGUGUUUUUCAACCUAAAUACACCCAUUAUUUUCAGCCAUCUUAGCGGAUGGUCAGGGAUGAAGGGAGUUGUAGUCCAACAAUAUCUAGGGACCCAACAUCCACAGGAAUGAUGUUGGGGCCCAGGAUACUAAAGAUUAUUGAAAGUAAUGAUGAUGAUGAAGUCCCAUUAUACAGUAUAUACCAAUUUCCAGCAGAAACAAGGGUGCCUUAGUGCCAUCAGCUCAGAGAGCUGAAAAUGGCUGGAGGUUACAGAAAAUAGUUAUUCUGUGCAUACAUGACAUUAUGCUUACAUACCUCAGCCAGCAUUUCACUAAAAAUAGACCUUUGGCUGUGUAAUGAUACAAAUGUACUUCCUAGGGAAAGUUAAUAAGAUACUUAAAUUUCAAAAACUACUUUUUUGACUGAAAAUCAGAUUGUAUCAGCAACAUUUGAAGGCUGACACAAGGCUGAAAUUCAUUCUCCAAACUGAAAACUAAAUCAGAGAUCAAGUGUUCAAAUUUAGAUUUUAUGACUUGGGUUUUUUGAUAUCUUAAUGCAGUAUUUUUCUUCUUAAAAUUAGGGAGUUGAUUAUUUCUCCUCGUAACUUGAUGUACUUUGAAUUCAUUUAAGUAUGCAUGGUGGAUUAUAUCGGUGAAAUCAUUUAUAAUUACCUGAAACUACAAUUUAGUUGUCCGUUUUUAACAGUACCACUAUGGUACUAAUGGAUGCAUGGGCAAUAUAUUUGCACGCUAAACCACUAAAUUUUCUUACUCUUUGUCAUACUGGGUCCUACAGACUCUACUGUGCUUGUAAUAGCUCACUCUACAAUUAACUGAUUUUAGUACAAGUUGAUGCUUCCAGGUUCUUCUGCUUAGUCUGAUUAGAGUUCACUUUUCUGUAAGUUAUAAAGUCAGUUCAAAAAUACUGGCAGCAGUUCAGUCUUUUCCAUGUUACAGCUAGGUUCCCUGAUUCUUUUGCCUAUUUUCAAAAAAAUAUCAUUGGUGAAGGUGGUAUGCCUUCAUAUUUUUUAAAAAGCUUAAGAAAGCAAAUCGUUUUAUGUAAUUUUAAAGAGAGCAGAAAUUCUUGAAGAGAUUGGCAAUGCAUGCAUAUUACAAUUUCUAAAAAAAAUGUUUGCACCAUGUCAAUUGGUCAUCCUGGCUGGGGCUGAUGUGCUGGAAUCCAACAACAUUUGAAGUGCCACCGGUACACCAUUCCUGGUCUAGUAGAACUAGUGGCCUUUUUCCUAGAAUGUAUUGGUUAAAUAUUAUAACAUUGUACUCUUGGGAGCUUCACAGAUAUGCUUCCCAUGAGAAGGAAAUUGAAUUUUGAAAUAUGAAAAGCUUAUGGUUAACAUCACUUCACUAUUUUCAGAGAAAAUUACACAAACUCAAUACUGUCCUGCAGUAUGUAACUCCCAUUGAUUCUUACUAGAUGUGCAUGGGGUGCACAAGAUUGCAGCCAUAGAGAAAAUUACCGGUACUAAAUUACAAUGCAAAAUCAGUGUUUUAAUGUGGAAAUAAUAUACAGUGGUACCUCGGGUUACAUAUGUUUCAGGUUACAUACGCUUCAGGUUACAGUCUCCACUAACCCAGAAAUAGUACCUCAGGUUAAGAACUUUGCUUCAGGAUGAGAACAGAAAUCGUGCUCUGGCGGCACGGCAGCAGCAGGAGGCCCCAUUAGCUAAAGUGGUGCUUCAGGUUAAGAACAGUUUCAGGUUAAGAAUGGACCUCCGGAACGAAUUAAGUACUUAACCCGCUGUACCACUGUAUAAAUGUUAUUGCCUCCCAACCACUGUUUAGUCAUUUUUGCUUUCCAGCAGUUGUUCCACAGGAGAAUAAAAUAAUAAUUGAUUUUAAGAGUGUUUACUGUUUUGGGAGAUGUUAUUAUUGAGCAUUUAAUAGUGCAGUCCGUGACAUAUCUACUUGGAAGUAGUGUGACUUAUUAGCUGGUAAGUGAGGCUAGGAUUGCAGCCUUAGGCAAUGAAACUACUUAUCUAUAAAGGGAAGUGUCACAGAUUUGUUGAUUAUGCUUGUUCUUCUUUAAGAAUGUUAACUGAAAGAGAAUCAGUAGACUGAAGCAAAAUCCUGAUAAGAUACAAGUGAUUUUGAUAGGAAAUACAGGCAUUUCCAGUUUUGCUAUUCUAGAUGGGUUCUUAUUUGCUGUAUUGGUGAAACCUUGUUGUCUUAGGUUGGUUCUAGACCCAGAUUACUACUAAAGAAACUCAGUUGUCGUGGGAAGAAUUUAUUUUGUCAGCUCUGCCCAAAGCACCAUAUGGUUUCCUUGAAAACAAGAAUUUUGUCACUGUAAUCCAGGGUGUCCAGAUGCAACAGAAGAAAGGGGUCUGCACUUUCAAUAAAUUCACAGAAGAGAAAAAUUCAGCAGGUGUAGCUGGACAUGCAAGCUGCACCUACUGAAAUCCCCUCUGCUGCAUAGCAAAGAUGGAGAAGCCCUGUUCUCUUUUGCGUCAGGACACCCUACUGUGAGCUGUGCUCAUAAAACACUCAGAAUUGAGUGCUCUACCAGGGACAGCCAUUUGAAGAUGCAGCUGGUGCAGAUUGCUGCAACCUGUCUUCUUCCAGAUGGCACUAAUAGCACAUAAAACCAGUACUGCAGCAAUAGCACUAAUGUUCAAGCCCAGAUCAAAUAUAUUGUUUGUAAUUGAUUAUUUUUAUGGAAAGGAAGGGUAGAAAAAUAAAUAAACCGGUCCUAACCUUCCACAGACUUGAGAACUGCAACUGUAUCAGCAAGUUCUCUUCCCCCACCCCAAUGAAUCUACUUCCUUGCUCGUUUGGAAGAAGCAUUGCUCAAAGCUCUGUGGGUUUUUUCACCACUAGGCAGUUGAUUCAGCAUGGUAGAAUGUGGCCCGUGCCAAAGUGUGUGUCCUAAGUACACUUUCCCAAUGGAUUUUCAAAACAAAUAGGUGGUUUGUUUAUUGCAUCCAGUUUCUUAGAGGUUUUCAGCAUAUUUGUUUCCUUUUAGGAAUUGCAAUGCUGCUCAUCAGUAAAAGCAUUUUAGAAUAGCAAUAUAAAAACGUUAUAAACAUUUAAUAGAAAUAAUCAAGACAAUAACAGAUCAAAAAGCAGCAUUAAAACGUUUCCAUCAAGUUUAGAAAUCCAUCCAAUUUGAACAGCUUGGGGAAAUAAAAAAUAAUUUACAUUAGUGUGAAUGCCAGGCAAGCCUGUGUAUGUGUGUGUGUGUGUGUGUGUGUGUGUGAGAGAGAGAGAGAGAGAGAGAGAGAAUUUCCUAAGCAGAAUACAGUACCACAACAGAGAAGCCCUUCUCUAGUUAUCUCCUGCCUCAUUACCUCGAAGAGGGCUUUGAAAGAUCUCUGUGCAUGGGCAGGUUGGUGUGGGAGAAGAUAACCAUUCACGUCCUAAGUUGGGUAGGACUUUAUGUACCAGCAGUCUGAAUUAUGCUUAGAAAUUGAUUUGGUAAGCACUUGUGAGAUGUAUUUCUAAUGACCAGUCCUUGUUUGUGGCUGCAUUUUGAGCUACCUGAAAUUUGUGACCAGUUUUUAAAGGCAGCCUGCAUUGAAGUAGCCUAGGCCAAAAUUUACCAGAGCAUGGACAGCCAUGAUCAAAUUACCUCUAAGAGGGCUGAUGUAUCUGCCUCAGCUAGUGAAAGGGUGUUCUGUGUGCCACUGAAACUAUGUGGGCUUCCAGCAACCAGGCUGGAUCAAUGAGAAUCCCCAGACUGUGAGCCUCAUUCUUCAGCAGAAAUGCAGUGCCCUUCAGAACAGGUUGAAUAUCACUUCCCUGGACAGAGAAAUCACCUAUUAUAAAGUACCUCCAUUUUGUCAGUACUGAUCUUUGUUCGCUUGGCCUAUAUCCAGUCCAUUACUGAUUCCAAGCAUUGAUUCAGCACUUUAAUUGCCUCACCUGAAUCAGAUGUAACAGAAUGGUAGAAAGGAAUGGUAGAACUGAAUUUAAUAUGUGUAUUGAUGAUACAAAACUGGAAAACAGUGGGUGUUCUCAUUCAGUGGUUUCAUGUAGCUAUUAAAUAUCCUAAGAGACAAGAUGGAAUCCUAUUGGAGUCUCACAGUACCACCUUCUGGAAUUGGCUUUUUGGAUAUGAGUGGGAUCGCCAUGCUUCUAGCUCCAAGUCCGGAGAGCCUGGCAAAAAACACACAAAAAAAACUCCAAACCACCCACCUGGAUGAUCAAUGCAGUUUCUGUGCAGAAACUGAGCCUAAAACCAGAUUGAAACGCAUCCUCUGGUUCACAUAUUAAGUCAACAUUUGGCUUAGCGUGAACAAGGAAGCCCAUCUGGAAAAUCAUGACUGCUUUGCUCUCAUGCCCUUGCUGCUGCUGUUCUACUGAGAACUAGGCCAUAGUUUGGUUUAGCGUUACAUACUAAUCCAGGUUUGUGGUUUCUCUUGCUCCAAACAAUGACCUAUAACCUAGGUUUGAUCUUGGCUGGCCACUCAUGGUUUGUUUGAAAUUACUUGUUAAAUGAGAUUUUGUGUGGCAAUGUAAAGAAGGGAGCAGGGGGGGUUUACUGACAUUAAGUAGACGGGAGCAGAGCAGCUAUAGAAAAUGUACAAAGAAGAAGGAAGGUGACUUGGCUGCUAGAAAUAUAGACAGACUUGAAAGGAAACCCACUGAGGCCAUCAGUGCAACCCUAACCAUAUCCAGGGCUGAAACUAGGCUCUCUGUCACCCGGGUCAAAGACCCAAUUUGGCAGCCCACCCCACCGGAUGUGUGUUUGCAUACACACACACACCCUGAACACAUUUAUUCCUAAAGGACAAAAAAUAGGCAAUUUCAUUCAUUUUUUCAUCUUUCUGUCCGGCUGAAGCCCAGGCAUGCUGGGAGGCUGGGAGCCUAAUGGUGCCCCUCUGGAGGCUUCACCCAGGGCAGAAACCUUGGCAGAUCCCUCCUAGAUACAGCUCUGCCGUAUCUACUCAAAAGGAAGUCAUUUUGAAUUCAGUGGGUCUUAUUGCCAAAUAAGUGCAGUUAUGAUUGCAGCCUAAGCCAACUUCUGGUCCAGUGGUUUGGUGGCCACAGAAUCAUUAUAUGUGAUUGAGGCUGCAUGUGAUUGCAGUGCUUUUUGGAGCCAGAGGAUCUGGUGCUGGUAUUUCAUCAUGUGAUCUGAAAAACACAUUUGAGAAGCAGAUUAGCACCUUCCUAUAGCUAUCAAUCAAGCAGAAAUGUAUUUUUGAAAUUGAAUUGGCUUGAGUUCACCAAGUUGAGAAAGCAUAGUGUAAAACUGUUCACAAGAGAUGCUACACCUAGAGAACCAAGCCCAGCCCUUUUUUCCUCCUCUGGAGGAGCAUGCAAGGAAAUGUGAUCAUCCAGUCAGCCUCAUGGGCAUUUCCCUAGUAUCCAGUAAAGAUCAGAUUAAAAUAAAAUAAUGCACAACAACUUCUGAAACGUUGCUACUUCUCAGGCACUGAAAUCCAGCUUAAUAAAAAAAGAAAAAAGUAUUUCCGUAUUUCUCAGAGGUAUUGAGUUUGGUAACUCUCCAGAGAAAAGGAAUUCCACCUCUUUGUGGCAGUGUAAGAUCUAGAAACUUCACUAUUUGGAGAGUGUAAGGUCUGAAAUCCUGUAAAAUUCAGUGCUUGGAAUAUGUAUAUGAUUAAUCUUUAGGGCCUUGAAAUUUCAUAAUUAAGGACUAGGAUUUGUUAUCCCUUCUCUUCCCUCCAACCUUCCUCAUACUUGAAAAACACCUCUAUCUGGCAGAUUGAUUUCAACAGGCCUCAAAGUUGAAAGCUGCUCAGGCAGUUGGAACGUGAGAAUAAUCUCUGCUCUAAAUGGAUUAGUCAAAUGAGCAGAGGGCAGGUAAGGCAGCCAAGGGCACAUGAUAAAUGGCAUUCAUCACAUGGCUGUGCUGUUCAGUCACAUAGAUGUUCCCUUAUCUUAUAUGCCAUGCUGCCUUAUUUUUCAAAUUGCUAAGAGGUUGGUGGUAUCGGUACGGGUCCCAUCCUCUAACAUACAUGUGUGAGGGCAAAGCUGUAGGACUUGCAUGACCAAAAUUUAAGCUGCAAGUCAGAAAUACCCUCAAAAGUUACAUGGAUUAUGUGUCUGACUUUGUGGUCCUGUACCUGUAGGCAGAAAGAAAUAGACUUCCUGGCUGAUUCAAAAAUAAAAAUAUAACUCAGUUUUUUAAUGGGUUAGCACAGAGUUUUUGCAAUGUAUUUCUAGUGAAGACUUUUGCAUUUUGUACUUAAAUUGCAGAAUAUAAACUUACUUCUCUAGACCAUUUCCCCUGAACUUCCCAACUCCUUUUCUUUGAAAAAACAUGCUUUGAUACAUACAGUAGUCACUUGAAAGUUUUGCAUCACUGUAGACUUUGGUCCCCCAGAAUGCUUUAAGAGCUGCCUGUUACUACACAGUAGUAAUCCUGAUUUUACAAAACUCACCUUAUAUAGAUGUGGGAGCUAUUUUAUUUAUUUUCCAUGUUAAUCCAGCUCAGUGGGUUGAGUGGCAACGUCAUAUCCUCUUAAGUGCAGGCAUGCAAGCUCAAGCGGGACAGCUGUUUUGACAUUCCUGACUGGGUGUCUUGCUCUUAGAAAGUGCAUUUGAUGCUUAUACAUAAUCUCUUGGCUGUCUGCAUCCCAGUCCAUCUGUCAGGAUGGCGCUGUGCCAAUUUACAAGGUAAAGUGUCUUUUUUAGUCAGGGUAAGGUGCCAAGCAAUUAUACGUUUAGCAAGAUAAGCCUGCAAAGUCCUGUGGUUUUUGCAGUGGGCUUCCUUGUGGAUUGUAAAGACCGUGAAUGAGUCAAUCCCCUUAUUGCUUGACACAGUAGCAAUUUUAAAAAUGCCCCGAUAUAAGUAGCAUUAGUGAGAGAAGGAAUGCUUUGGACUUUAUUUACAGAAAAGAAUGGCACAAUUUAAAAUCUCAGAACUUCAAUUCCUGAUAAAUAAUGUAAUGUCUGAUGCAUGGAACUUGUUCACAGUCAGUUCUGACUACUUCAGUGAACUCUGAUCACAGAGAUAAGAUCUGUAUCUUCAAUAUGGAUAUUGUUCCAUUAGUGGAGAUUCAGAGAAUUGUUUAAAAUCACAUGGUACAGUUGUUGUGCUGCUGCUGAUAAGCAAGUCUAGCCCUGUUAAAUUGCCUGGAUGAGAGGCUGCCUGAGGACCGUAUAUGAGCCACAGUAACAGAGUAUACAUGUAAUAAAUAAGAAAGAUGUACCAAUAUAUCUCAUUCUGAUUGUAAGCCUUGUAGUGUCAAAUGUGCACUUGGUGCAGUGUGUCUGUUCUGCAGUUUAGAAGGAGAUACCAAAUCCUAUCAUAAAUGUGAUGAGCAUUAGGUAGUUGGAUCUGCAAGGCCACAAUUAAGCUGCAGAAAUAGCCCACAACCCUUUUCCUUUCCCCUUUCUCCUCUCCACUAUUCUUCUGGCUCCUCUUUUACACCCCCUGCAGAAUUUUAUUUUCCCCAGUAGGAAUUGAUGCUGUUGACUUACAUAAGAGAAAGUAAAUGAUCCACUUGGACUAUUAUUUGGGCUGGAAGUAAAUUUACAUCCUCUCUCCAAUGACCACAGGCAUGGAUAAUCAAGCCAACCUCUCUCUACCCAGCCUCUUGUUUGGUUCUGUUUUUUGAUUAUGCAAAGGUGUGGCAGAACGUUGGAAACUAACUAGCUCACUUUUAUUCUUUUGAGUUGCUUUUUAGGCCCAUUAAGUAGAAAUGUGGAUAAAGGUAUAUAAACACAUAAAUAAAAUUACUCCCACUUUUUUGAUGGGACUGAGGAGGAGUUAGGAACUUACUCAAGCCAUUAAUUGCUGAAGUUGGCACUGAAUUCAGGUUUCUCAGGUUAAGGAGACCCAAGUGCUCCAGUAUUCCAUGAAUGACGCCUAUGGGUUUUGUGUGUGCUUCUGAGUGAAGAUAGAUGUAGGCCAGAACUUUUAAAUGGGUGUGGAGGACCAGAUGGCUCCCUGCAUUGUGUAACUGGAGAGCUACUCUGGGCUGUGCAGUGGGGCAAUUGCACAUGCACACACACUGCUUUCGUGUAGCCCAUUUUGGGAGGUAUUUGAAUAAUACUGCACUGAGGGACCUGAGGAAGCUUUAAAAUGUUGGCAGUAGUACAGCCAAGGACUGGCUAGCAUUUAAUGGAUGUGUGCCCAGUACAUAGCAGUUCAAGGCCAUCAACAAUGUCAUCUGGCCCUGUUGGCUCCCUUAUGAAAACAGUAAUUUUAGGGUUUGACAGUGAUGAAAAGGCAAGCAGGACAUCUGUGAGGAAAUGAGUAUAUUGGGAGCUUUUGGCCUCCAGUUCCAGCCUGACUGGAAUAAACAGCAAGGUGGGAAUGCAUAGAAUAAGAUGAUGAAUCUUAUUCCAAAAAUGGAAACAUUUUCAUGUUGUAUUUUUGCCUGCAAAUAAAAUAUGCUAGCUUGGGGAAGGGCUGGAACUCACUGGCAGAGCACAGACUUUGUGAGCAAAUGGCCACAGGUUAAAUCCUUGGUGUUUCCAAGUAGGGUUUAGAGAGACUCCUAUCUGAAACCCUGGAGAGCCAUUGCCAGUUUGUGUUGACAAAAUAGUCUGUCUUGGUAUAAUACAGCUUAGUAUGUUUUUAUAAUGGUGGAAGUACUCAGACAUGUGGUUCCCUACUGGCAGUCCGAAGUGAUACAGAUUGAGAAGGGCUGUGCCACGCAUUGCUUCUGCCUGGUUGAGAUGGAUUGUCCAACGGGCUUAGCAAGAAGGGUGGUUAUUUUAAGAAACUGAUACUUGGUAACUGAGCUAUGGGAUAUUACCACCCUUUAAAAACUGAAACGACAUAUUCAUUUGCCUGCUAAUCAAGUAAAGUAUUUAUAUAUUCCUUGGUUUGAUACAGGAUGGUUCAGUUGAUUAGCCAUUUGACGAUCUCUUUUUGGCCAGCCAAAUACUGGUUAAAUAUUUUCAAAGCAUCAGCUUUAUUCAAGUAACAUUUUUCUGUCAACAUUUUUGUUGUUGGAACAAAUAUACCUUAAUCAUCAACAGCUCUCAUAUGUGACUUACAGAAACAAGUCAGUUAACUGUUAUGAAAAGAUAAAAUUCAUUUUUAAAUUGUAAUGAAUCAUAACUUUUUACAAUGUUAUGUAAGUAAAUGUGAAUGAUUCACAGAAGAGUUCUUAUUUUUGACUUUAUCCUGGAAUACUAAGGUAAUUUUGUAUAGAAAGAGAUGCAUACAGAAAUUUUAAAAACAAGUCAGAACUGGAAGUUUCCAUAAAUUUUAGGAUGCGUUAUGUAUCAUGGUGGUGAUAGUAAAAAAUAGUAGAAUAGAUUCCAAGUACAAUGUACAACUUGAUGUUUUAGCAUCACUGAUAUGAAAAUUAUUAUUAUUUAUUAAAUUUGUAUACUGCCCUUCAUCCAAAGAUCACAGGGCAGUUCACAACAUAAAAAUACAAAAUGUGAGCACAGCAUACAUAAUGUGACUGAAGGAACAGAUGGUGGCUAUGGUGUCACAGUCUGGUGUUCUAUGUCAGCUGUCAUCUAUUGCAUGGUUUGCACUGAUUUGUCUUAUGCAUGCUGCCAAGCUAAUCCUCUCUGUGAGGCAAGCAGCAACAGAGCACAAAUAAGUGCUAAGAGUUCAGAGUUCUUUUUUUAAAAGAGAAUGGAAAUGUUACAUAUUUAUUUUAAAGUAUUUCUGCUGCUUCAAAAUUUGCUUCAAAAUUGAUUGCAAGGUUGCAAAAAUUAGAACAAAAGAUAAAAUAUGAAGUGCAACAUACUAAUAUAGACCAUAAAUAAAAAUACAUAUUAGAAUACUUCAUAUUUUAUACAUCAUCUGUGGCAUUUUCUCUCACAGAUUAUCACUUCUUAAACUUAAUAACUUAUUUCUCUCUUUAAUUGGAGCUCUUCAAGUAUCACUGCAUUUUUUGUAUCCCUAAUGGCUCAUAAUGAUUGUGAACUGGAGGCAAUAGCUUUUGCAAAGCACCCUUAGAAUUUCAGUUCCAAUGGUCUUGUAGAAAACCAACACAGAGUCUUGUAGCACUUUACACUUUAAAGACUUACAUUUGGAAGGCUGUUUUGAAAUGUGGGAUAAAAAUAAUUUAAAUAAGGAUGUUUCCAGAAAAUAAUAAUAAUUGUUGUGGUUGAUGUUAAUGCUAGUACAAUUUUUUGGCCGUUGAACAUGAUCUACUUCCUAUGUGUCAACAAAAAUAAGUUUCUGCUAACUCAUGUCCUCAGGGAAAGGCAGAGAAGAAGCCUCAAGAACGAUGCUUAAUCAUAUUAUACCAGUUUUGCAUCAGCAGCAGUUUUUUUGGGGGGGGUCAGUGUAAAGUGCUAGUUCUACUCUUUAUGCCCUAUAUGAUUUGGGGUAGAUUAUUUGAAGGACUUCAUUCGCAAGGGAUGUGGGACCUUUGGUCCUCCAGAAGUUGUUGGACUACAACUCCCUUCAUCUCUGAUCAUUAGCCUUCCUGGCUGGGGUUGAUGGAAGCCGGAGUCUGACAACAUCUGAAGGGGCACAGGUUCCCCAUCUCUAGCCUGCAACCACAAGGGUCUGCCUUUGGCCCUAAUAAGGUGGCCUGAAUAACAUGCAAAUUGAGGUUUGGUACAACACUUACCCAAACAGCUGUAAUUAAGUGGUAUCCAAAUUGUUGAAAUAAAAAUAGGCAAGUAAAUAAAUAAUAAAGCUCACAUUUGCUUAUGCAGGUCUGUAGCAUCCCACUAUUUAAAAAUGUUGCUUCCAGAUUCCUGACACAAGUAGUGGUGUAAUCAUUGGGAAUUUCAGUGGACUUAGAAGUGUAAUCCGAGGAACAAUGAAGGAAUAUAAGAAGCUGUUCUUUGAGGCCCCUUCUGACUAUAAUUCUGUGAUAGGAAUAGCUUUGCAGGCCAUUUUAAUUAAUAGACUGCUUUAGCGGUUGCUGAAGAUAUGUAAAAAUGUACAUUAGGCAAUUUUAAAGUGUGAAUAUAGAGGGGAAAUGUCUGGUUUCUUCUAUCAGGCAUGUACAAUAAUAUUCUGCCGCAGUACUUUGAUCUCCUCUGUCAUCCAUUUAUGUAAAAGAGAACAUCAAAGUUAAAAUAGAAUUUUGCCUUUAACAAUUUCUUCAGUUCAGCAGAUGGUGACUUUAAUUAACCCGAUUCACCAAAAACAGAAUGCAGCACGUUAUGCAUCUUUCCAGCUCAAAAUAUCUCAAAGGCAUUUUGCAGAAGUAAUGAGCAAAAUAUUGGCAAUGCAAAGUUUGCAAAUGUAGCAGACAUAAUUAGUUCAGCAACAUUUUACACAGACUUGCGUAGUUGAAUCUGAUUUUGUAAAAGGGUAUGCCAGUCUAGCGUACCAUGCAUAAGCUGAUCAUGCUAAGAGUGUAAGUGAUUGGUGAAGUGGAGAUGAACAAUAAAUAAGCCAUAGACUUAGGCUCAGCUUCCACCUUCAACGGAAGUAGUAGUUUGAUUUUUAAUAGGGCCAUAGGAAGCUGCCUUAUACCAAGUCAGACCAUUGGUCAAUCCAGCUAAGUACUAUCUACUUACUGGCAGUGGCUCUCCAGGUUUGCCUCAGUGUGAGACAAGUUAAUGGGUCUGAGAAUACAGUCAGAUGGAAACAAUUCGUAGAAACCUGGUCCUUGACAUAUAAAAGGGAUACCUAGGUGUUCAAAAGUGUUCUAAAUGGAUUAUGUUCUUCAUGUAUGUGACCCCUGUAUGCGGCCCCAAUUGGCAUAUCCUGUAGUUUUCUUUUCCAUCUAAUCUCUUUGAAUUGCAUGGUUUCUCUUUUACUUCAGGCAAGCACAACUUGAUAGUAUCUUUGAAGUAUUAAAUAACAACAACAGCAAUACCAUUUCCAGAUGUCCACGAGCUGUUCAGCCUAGACCUGCUGGAAAAAUGUUUCUUAGAGCUGUGCAUACUGAUAAAUCCCACUAUGUUCAGUGAUGCUUGCUCCCUAGUAAGUCAUUUUAGGAUUGCUGCCAAAGUAUGAUUUAAGUGGUUGAGGAUGUUACUAACUUCGAUUUGUCUGUUUUUGGUAGCAGUUACUAAUACCUGGUGCAGUGGAUGGUUUGUUUGGAUCCCUGGGAGGGCAAGCAUGCUAGUGUCAAUCUUCCCAUCACAAUGUACAGUGGUACCUUGGGUUAAGUACUUAAUUCGUUCCGGAGGUCCGUUCUUAACCUGAAACUGUUCUUAACCUGAAACAGCACUUUAGCUAAUGGGGCCUCCUGCUGCUGCCGUGCCACCGGAGCCCGAUUUCUGUUCUUAUCCUGAAGCAAAGUUCUUUACCUGAAGCACUAUUUCUGGGUUAGCAGAGUCUGUAACCUGAAGCGUAUGUAACCUGAAGCGUAUGUAACCUGAGGUACCACUGUACAAUAUUUAUUUAUUAGAAUUUGAUACUGCUCAUCAGCAAACUCCUGGGCAGUUUACAAAAAGUAUGAAUUGAUAAAAUGCAAAAUAAGAUCAAACCUCCAUUAGAAACAAUAGCAAUACAACUAGUGUAAAACCAUAAAAAGCAAAACCAGCUGCACUCCUGCAGAUAAUCUCAGUUAUUGAGCUGGGAUACAACUGGGCCAGAAGGCAGCUCCACAUAGAGUGCAUUGCAGUAAUCCAGCCUCAAGGAUGGAUUACACUGGUCAGGCUCUUCCUGUCAAGGGACACCCAUAGCUGGUGAACCAGGCAGAACUGGUCAGAGGCACUCCCAGCCACAGAGGACACUUGGGCAUUUAGUGUCAAAUAUAUAUCCAAAUGUGCCCCAAGCUACUCACCUGGUCCUUCAGAUGGAGUGUGACCCCAUCAGGAACAGGUAACUUGCUGAUCUUCCCAGGAUUAAAGCACAGUGUAUUGUUCCUAAUUCAGUUCAGCACUGCAUUCAGACACUGAUCCAGAUCUUUCACAGCCUCUCCUGAUUCAUAUGUUAUAGAGAAAUAAAGCUUUAUGCUGCCAGAGUACUGAUGACACCUUGCUCCAAAACGUCAAAUUUUAAUGGCAGCUAAGUGCAACUACCUUUGUCUGUAUCCAAUACUAUAUUUUGUUGCUCAGCAAGAUAAUGCUGAAACCUGAUUCAUUACUUUAAGUAUAUCUGAUAUUGCAUAGUAUUUUUUUUGUUAUAUUACUAAAUAUUAUUGAAAUUAUUUUUUUAUUAUAUGAAAGCAAUAUACCAACUAGUUCUAUGUAAAGAGGUUGAUGUUUACAUCUAAAAGCUGGGUAAAAUGUGUCAAGAUGUUCUGGCAUAAGCUGUUCUUAAUAUGUGAUGUUGAUGUUGUUUGAUUAUGCUUUCCGUGGACUAAUAGAGAUACCGAUUAAUGUUUUUUACAUGAGAGAAAACAAUUGUGUUGAUGCUGUGUCUAGCUAUGGAAGCUGAACACUAGUUGGUGUGAGUAGGUGCAGUCUUUGCUUUGUAGCUACACGGACAGCAGUACUGAUGGAACCAUAAAUUCAUCAGUAUUUUUAUGACUGGGAUACUCCCACGACCUAUCUCCAGUACCUAUCAUAGUCUUCUAUUUAAUUUUCUCUGGUCUUUAGCCUUAAGUGCUUACAACUAGCCUUCCUUGGCUGUACAUAUAUAUAAUAUACCUUCUUAAAUGCUUCAUUCAUUUGAUAAAGGGGUCUGUUGCCCGCAAAUGCUUAUGCAAUGAAAAAUACUGUUCCUUGUUAAGUAAGGUCCCACAGGGCUUUUUGUUGUUUCUCUUUAGAUUUUGCCUUGGGCCCAAGAAAUUACUUCACUUUCCCUCCCAGGGCCUGUCAUUGCCUUUUUCUUAAAAAUGACUUGAUGGCAUUUGUUUUGUGGUCAGUUUAUCAACUCCGAUAUGAAGAUUUAGUUAAGGAUCAUAGCAUGGAUGGACAUAGUGCUGUCAGUCAUUGUUAAAAUCACCAAUUGUUAAAACAAUUUCAAACAGAUUUUCAUUGGCCUCUAACAACCCCAACCAGUGUCACCCCCUACAGGAAACACCAAUAGAAACAUUUCCUGAAAUUACUGAAACCAGGAUGUUCAAAGCACGAAUCUAUUUUUAAAAUAUGUUCACCUUCCUAUCAGUGUAAUUCAGUACACGGAACUGCAGUUCUCAAAAUACCUCUGUCCACUCCUUAGAAAUUCCAAGUAAAUUUCAGUUGGCAAACAGCGAUAAAAAAUUGGGGAAUGGAGGUUACUUUCUUCAUACUUUGGCAAACUGUUCUUGCAGCAAAUCGAAUUUUACGGUCAACAUGAUUAGAGGUAUAUAUGGAGAACUUGCAGCUAGAUUUUUUUUUGGGUGUUUUUGCCUUCAUACCAUUAAAAUUACGAUUCACGUAUCUUCCAUGAAUCCUGUGCUACAUCCCACACCACUGUAUUAGGCAAGUGAAGAUUCAUACCAUUUUUAGUAUAUAUCAACUGCUAUUGGGUUCCUGCUUUUGGCCGCUAUGAGAACAGUCUGCUGGACUAGAUGGGUCAUUGGGUUGAUCAAGCAAGUUCAUCUUACGUUCUUACUAGAGCUGACAGCCAGAGAGAAGACAAAGGGGAGAAGGAAUCAAAGAGGCAAGAAUGGAUCCUGUGAACCAGUUCUUAGAACCAAACUAAAUGUGAUGCGAAAUGCAGUGGUGAUUUAUCUGAUAACAGAUCUUCAGUUUAUUCUCUAAUUAGUCCCACAUUAUGGCUUUAUGUCAGGAAACACACAUUCCAAAUGCAGUUUUCAACUGGCUAUACUGUGACCCAGGAUAAUUUAAUUUACUGCACUUAAUUCAUGCGAACUGAAGAUUUUAAAAAGCAUGUGACAAAAUCUGAUCUAUUUCUAGAGGCAAAAACAUUUUGUUAAAAAUGUAUAAUUAUAAUUAAUAAGAGAAAUAGGACAUUAGGGCUGUUAGAUGGAUUCACAGUAUUCAGCUGAAAAAUAAAAUCAUUAUUGCUUUGUUGAAAGCUCCCUGGAGCUUACUUGGUGACUUUAAAUUAUGUACAUGUGCAUAUUUUUUACAUUUAUAUUGACAUUUUGGGAAUGUUUAUAGAAAAUGUGUUGGGAAACUAGCAAUGCUAGAGGGUUUUUAGGUUUUAAUUGCUGUUGUAACAUUUAUUUUCCUUCAUUAUUCUGAAUGAGAUUAAUUUUGGUUGAGAGGAAACACCACGACAUAUUAUUGAAGUCUUUUAGGAGCAAAGAUUCUAUAUGCUGUUCUUAAUUAAUAUUUAGAAUAGUCCCAAUAGUCCCUUCCAACAUGCUAGAGAUGGAGAUCUGGCCUAAGUUUCAUACUGUCUUAUGAUAUUAGAUCUUAGGUCUGAUUCAUACAUUUGACUACUUGUGCGGUGGUAGCUGCUUCUAAUGCAACAUCUUGAGCACAGCUCCAUGUACUAAGUUGUAAGCAACUCAUCAUGUAGCUUAAGGAGAUUUUGAUCAUAUCCCGUAAAAAGGAACCAACAUGGUUGUCUUAUCAAAUUACUGUGAGCUGAGUAUUAGGAUAAAUUUUCUAUAGUAUUGCUUAGUACUCUUGUUUUUGUUUGCCUCUUUAAGGACAGUUACAAAAAUGCCUUUUAAAUUAACUGUACAUUGUUAUCUGGAAUGUGACAUUGUUAUUAGGGGAUAAUUAUAUUUAAUUUAUAAAUAUCAAACAUUUUUUCAUAAUGGACAUGAGUAUAUUUGGUUGCAGAGAAAACUUUAAGAAAACCCUAUUUUCUAGUUGGCUUAAAAAUAAUUGGCUUUUAACAACACUUUUGAAAUAACUACAUGUGUACAAGCUGUUUUGUACAUAGACACUGUUGGCACAUUUGGAACUCAAGAAGAGGCAGACUUCCUGUUUGCACAUACACAGGCAGAAGUUAUGCAGAAUACAGUAUGUGUAGAAAGUGAGAAUAAGGACUGUGAACACAGUCCAUGCACCCCUCCUCUACAUCAAGAAUCCUUUUACGUGAGUGUGCAUUUGAAUUACUUACAAAAAUUCUAUAACAUUUUAUCUAUAGACUAUUGUUAUUCAACACCUAAAACCAUAAGGUGCUAUGCAAAAACUAAAAACAGACUUUGUCCACACGCCUACAAUAUGAAAGUGAAGGAAAGAAAACAGUGAGUAUCUCACAAAAAAGGAAAAGUAGCAGUGUUGGGCUCAUAAGAAAAAUACAAAAUCCGUGUUAGGGUUAUAUCUUUAUUAGUCCAACCAAAAUUAUCUUGUAACAUUUUUGUUUGCCGAUUAUAGUUCUGACAUGGAUUUUAGAUUGAAUAUCCAUUAGUGGACAUCUUGAGAAGUUUGUGGGGAGCAACAAUAGGCGAGCACAAGAAUAUGAACUCUGCUAUUUCUGCCUUUGGCCUGAUCAGUCAAUGGCUUACCAAGACCAGGAACAUCUUGGUAGUGGCACCUCAACUAAGGAAAAGCCUUCCUGAAGAGGCUCCUGGUGGCAUUUUUAUUAUCUUUUCCAGGGCAAUGCAAAUACCUUUUUAUUUAAUUAGUUUUUAAAACUGUAUCUUAAAUCUAGAGUGUUGAACUAUUUCAUGUGGCAUCUGUGCAAGGAAUAUUUUUUGCUGUCUUUUAUUAUUAUUACUUUAUUAUUAUUUAUUAAAUUUGUGUACUGCCUUAUACCGACAUGUCUCAGGGCGGUUCACAACAUGAAAUCACAAUAUACAAUAGCAAAAUGCAUAAUAAAAACAAGAACAAUGGUUCCAAUACCAUUGCUAUCAUAAACUCACCAGAUGCCAUGGCAUGCCUCUCUGUCUCCCUCCUUCCACUCCCCAAUUGGUAGGGACUUAUCUUACAGGAUUGUUGUAAGGAACACAGCAAGAAAAAAAAAGUGAGUCUAAAUGCUGAUGAUUAUUAUUCUAGGUAUUUUGGCGUGGAAAAGGUCUGCUUUGCGAUGCUGUUUAAAAGGUCUUUAAAUCCAUUCCAUGUGGUAAGAUUAAUGUGCUGAAAAAUGUUCAGAAGUCAGUGUUUUCCAUAAUCUGGUUGAUAUGAAUUUUGCCAUAUGAAAAUAAGUAAGGUACAUGUGAAAACCCAUUAUUUCUUUCUAAUAGCAACCAGCCAUAUACCCCUGCAAACUCACAAGUGUGAUGGCCUUCUCUGUUGUUUGUCCCAAGCAUCUGGAAUGCAGAGAUGUGUUGUUUUUGAACCUAGAAAUCCCACUAGGUUAUCACACAUAAUAGCUUCUGGUAGACCUGUUCUCCAUUACUGUACUUGUAACCAUCAGACAUUCUUAAUUGUUUUCCAUGGGGGUUGUGGAGGGAUCACAUGCACUGCUCCUGCGCUGUCCAACUUUCUCUUAAGGGCAGGUUGCUGACCUAAAGCUGGUUUGUUCAGCUGAACUGUAAACCCUCAGUGUGUUGGGAAUUCUGAUUCUUCAGGGUUUUUGACUGGGGAAAACUGUUUAAGUACAUUUGGUCAAAUGCACUAACAACCCCGUUUCAGACAUUACCACUUAAUGGGGAAAGGUCAGGAGUGCUGGGUCAGUGCAUGUUGUCCCAACCUCCUCCAUGGAUACAAAUUAAGAAUGGCUGAAGAAGACUUGAGUCUGAUCCUUUUCUAAAGCUUGUUUAAGCUGUCGAUCAACCCUAUAUGUGACAGUGAAUUUCACAGGUAUUUUUUUCUUGUGUGUCCUUAACCUUCUGCCAGACACCUCUAUUGAUGAUAAUUUGUGCUUAUUUUCUUAGUAUUGGAAAAAGUAGCAUCCCUUUUUGUAUUGUAGGAGAUACUUCAGUUGUUAUAAAUGAUACACAGUACAAUAUAUAAUUUAUUCUGCAUUGGGGGAAUAAUCUGACUGCUUCCUAGACAUUGCUAAUCUUUGGAGAGCUUUAAUUGUGAUUUUGAGUGAGAUCUAUGCAGACUCCAUAAGGUCUGGGUGAAUUAAGUUUGGCAAGACAACAGAAAGUGAAUCCAAGUUUGUUUCCCUAGUUGUUGCUUUUAAAAGCAGCCACCUCCUUUGGAAGCACUCUUCAGUUAUACUAAUGUAAGUCUGAAGAUUCAAAAAUAGCACUGUUACCACAAGACAGGAACUAUGAUUAAUUUAUAGCAUAGGAAUGGUGCUUCACUUAAGAAGUUUUAAAGACAAUAUCCGCUAUAUUAAUUGUAAAAAAAAUAAAAGUUGAGUUAGGUAGGACGCUAAAACUUACCCAAUGGUCAUUGUUCGCAUAGGACUUGAUAGAGUGACAUGGUCAGAGCACCACCACUUGAACCCAGUAGGGCAGAAGGUCUUGCGGGAGGCGGGGGUGCGGGGGGCGGGACAGAAUGUCUCUUUUUGCACUAGCUCCCAGGACCAGGCUGGUGCAGCGAAACUAUCACCAGUGGCAUGCCUACCAAUGGUAGUGUCUGUCCACUUGCUAUUUAGGCAGGGACAUUCAAGUGCUCCUAAUCAGUGGGCCAGUGGACACCACCACUUCAAACCCCCUAGAAAUCAUGGUUUUGGACUGCUCUGCCCAACUUCCUUCCUCAUUAAUUCAAACUAAUUAUGGUACGGCAUUUGAGAUUCUUUACAAUCCCACAGACCAGUAUGGUGCAGUGGUUAAAGUGUCAGACGAGGAUCAAGGAGAUUGGGGUUCAACUGCAUACUAGGCUAUGAUCCUCAUUGGCUGAACUUGGACCAGUCUCCAUCUUCUAGCCUCACAAAGUUGUAAGGAUGAAAUCAUGGACUGAAAUAUGACUUUGGCGCAUGACUUCAGUCAUUUUUUGGUGUGAUAGGUCCAAACUCACAAAUUACACUAUUAAUUAAGGGGGGAGAGACCAUUUUUUGUUGCUUUCUAAAAAAUCAUGGGUAGCUCCUGACACUCCACACUAGUUCUAUAUUAAUAGGCAAAUAUAUAUUCCUAUAUAGAAUUGUAAAUAAGUUUUAGGCUAGGAAUUCUUCUUCAUUAGCUACAUAAAAUUUCAUAGUGGGUACUUAAUGAAUGGCAGGCAUUUUUAUUGUCUAAAAGUGACUAGAACAGCCCACCUUACUUGUGCUUCAGUCCUAGUUUUAGUUUCACUUUCCAUAUCUUACCACAAUUGCCUGACUAUUCAGGAUCACAUUUCACCACAGUGGGGAUUGGUAACUUGUUAAUGGAGGGGAGCACUUCCUAAUUUCCAUUUAUGCACUGAAGAGUUAAGUACAUUAUUUUAAGGGUCAGGGUGUUUAAUAUUUAUAUUGCCAGUAAGAUAUAUUUACAGAAAUGGAGGACCGCAUACAGUAUCUUCAUAAUAAUUUUUAAGUUUUAGGCAGCAUUCCCAUCUCUAAUGGAAUAUAGCCUGCAUUUGUUAUUUUUAUCUUUGUAAUACAGUACAGUAUUUCUGCUAACUGUGAAACUUGUCUUCAGCAUUACUAAAUAAAUGCCCUGUAAUGUCUGUUUAGACUAAAUAGCUGCUGCACAUUCCAGUGGUAAAUGCAGAUGAUUUGGGUGCAAAUCAUGUAUUCCCCAAAAGAUAUGCAUAUUUAUACCUGGGCCUACUCUGGAAAGAGUUCAGAGUAUUACAUCUCAAGAGGGGCUUGUUCCACACAGUACAGUGCAUUCUGCAUGCCAUCCCCAUGCCUCUGCCCCAGUCUGCCAAGGUGGUUCUGUCCCAUGUGGCCCCUGCCUGGAAUUCUGGCUCUAUCUUUCGUCUUCCCAAGGACCCUUGCCAGAAAAAAGCCCAAGCCUCAUGUAAAAGGACACUCCCCCCCAGCACAGUCUGUCCCCUCCCCUGUUGUCUACCUACUCCACUUGCUUAUAUGUCAAUAAUCAGACACUGCAAAUAGUUUUUCCUUAUUCUGAAAAUAAGGAAUGAAAAAAUACCUUGAAAUAUCUAGCCGCUUAAAUUUAGAAGUGUCAAAAAGGUAUGAUGUUACCAUUCAUUAGCAUGCAGCAGGAAUGGAACUUGCUUUUUAGAAGGCAAUCCUGUAUGUGGUUGCAAGGGGGUGGAGAAACAAUAGGAACUGUAGAAAAAGGCAGGAGUGGCUACUCUUAGAAUGUGCAAAAUCAUAGGAAAGCACUCGUCUUCCUUUUCUUUCUAUCUGUGAAAACUUUUAUUACUUUAGCAUUCUGCUUUAAUAUUGUAAUGUCUGUAAUAUGGUAUAUUUUGACAUGUCCUGGGUUGGCUUUUGCUUUUCUUUUUUCAGCCAUCAUGUAUGUAAUGGGAGCACUUGGUCCAGCAGCAGGAUAUUUAUUAGGCGGAGUUCUUAUUGGGUUUUAUGUGGAUCCUAGAAGUACUGUUAAUAUUGACCAGAGUGACCCUCGUUUCAUCGGUAACUGGUAAGUUGCAGCCGUAUGUCUGUUAUGCAUGAGAAUGACCAUUGACAUUGGAUUCAUGAUCCAGCUAAUAACAUCUUUUUGAAGGUGGUUAAAGCAGCUUAACAUUUGACCGUGUCCUUGGCAGUUCUGAGUUUAGAGUAACUGCAGUGCGUGAUGCAUCUGUGGAUUGUUUAACCAGAUUGAUUGCUGGUUUGUCACUUAUUUUUUUCUGUUGUUUGCUAGUUGUACAUGUAGAAAUAUGAAUAAAUAUUCAAAGUUAAAAAGGUUUUUAGAAACCAAGUACUUUAGCAUUUGCAGCAAAGCCUUUAGAUUCCCUUCCUGGAGUAUGUGUGUGUGUUUCUGUGCCAAUAUCCAGCUACACUUCUGCACUUCCAACUAUAUAGGAGUUAAUAUGUGAGAAUAAUUCAAUUUGCAUAAUUAGUCAUGCAUUCUCAUUUUAUAGCUUGCUGUUGUGAGACAUUGUACUGGCACAAAUUAUGAUGCUUUAACAUGUCUACUUGAGCAACAGAGGGGUUGUCACAAUAAAAGAUUUAUGCAGAUUUGUGGGCAAGAUAGCUGAAUGGACAAACAUAAGUUGCCAGGCACAAACAACAGAGAUGGGCAUCACCUUUAUGCCCUGCUUGUGAGUUUCCCAGAGAUGCUGGAGUAGAUAGACCUUUUGGUUAGAACCAACAGGACAAUUCUUACUUGUUGUGUUUCGCUUGCCAAGCAGCCCAUGCUGUAUCAGUGCAUUUUCAGAUUAAUUAAUCUCAAUUAAUCACAUUCCCCUUCUGUUGGAAGCACAGAGUAGCUUCCUAUAGAUGUAUCAAACAUUCUUCCAUCCAGGUACUGACCAUGAUGAUAUCUGAUUAGUGUUAACAACUUUAGCACCCUAAUUUCUUCUUGCUGUUCGCUGAGAUAGCCAAGUUGACAAAGCACUGUUUAGUUUUAGCAGCAAGUGGGUUAGAAACAGCUGCAACGACAUUAAAGGAGCAGCAAUAAUUAUAUAAGAGUCGCAGUGAAGGGAGUUAACAAUCUAACCAUGAACAAUCUAACCAUGACAAUAAUAGUGGUGAUCUUAAUUUGAAGAAAUAUGGCCUUAGAUUUUCCAGACAUUCAGUGCCAAACAUCUGCCAGAAAUAACUGGGUGCUGUGCUAUAAUUAGGCACAUUUACAAGGCACUGAGUAGCCAUAAAGCCUAUGGCUUCUUAUUUCUACCAGAUGCUCCUUAAUUGGUGUUCUGCAGAUGGUACACUCAGCUACUUAAUGGCCAGCAGCUGGUGACCUAGGAAUGUGGGAGGUCUCCAUCUCUCUCUACCGGUAUAUAUUCAUUCUGGAAAAUCUAACACAGGUAGAGUAAGGUAACCCAUGUGAACCACACACAGAAUAGAAUAUUAGGACGGAAUAAUACCGAGUCCAUGUCAGCAUCCAGUUCUGCAAUGUUUUUCCUCCAGAAAAUAUUUUCUUUCAGAUUGGCUGUUUGGUUGCUACACAUCAACCGUACAGGUGAAAAGAAAACUCUGACUGAACUGGAACGCAACUGAAGUUUGAGAGCCAAAUUUAGCUUAGUAACUAGAGACAAAAGAGAUGAGGGAAAAGUAGCACCAGUGGCCACAUAACUUUAGUUUCCUACUAAAUGCUGAGGAGGACAUGCUUAAUUCACUGCUGAAAUAGACACCUGCUGUCUGCCUUAACAUUCAUUUCAAACUUAUUUUGGUUUGUACUGCAAGUGCUAUUUGCCUACUUGAUUGAUAUUCUGUCACCUAGUUUUUGUUGAUUUAAUAGAAAUUCAUUUUGUAUCAUAUAUUGGCUUGAUUCGCACAUUAUAUGAAGCCUUGGUUUGUUUAUGGAUUAAACUUUAAGCUAUGGUUUUUAAAACAAACAAACAAACAAACCAACCAAACAAACAAACAAACCACAAGUUCUCCCAUAGACAAUCAAAUAAACCAUGGCUCAUUUGGUUUGCUUUCUAGCUGCUCUGGCCUCAUGGCUUUACACUUUGGUGAGCAUCUGUGAUGGGAUGGCCAAACAAGCUGUGGUUAAAAAAGGGUGCUGGAUUCACACUUAAUGCAAAUUAUAGUUAAAGCAAACAAAGCUUUGUCAGGCUCUUAGAAGCCAGUUCAUGAUUUGGCAGUACAAAAAUCCUAGUUAAGCUGCGUGGUUGGGUUCACACAUAGCUUAAUCAACCAUAGUUAAUUAACCAUAGUUAAUUAAUAAACUGCACUUAAAUGUUAUGUGCAGACCAGGCUGUUUGAGUCUUUGUGAUUCUAGUUGUGACUCUUGUAUGUCAAUUUUUUUAUUUUAGUCGCCAUGUAAAGAAAUAUUUUAUGAAAUAAUUAGAAGUACAUUGGAUGUUUUCUGUUUUAUAAGAUGCAGAGAAUCUUUGUACAGUCUCAGUCACUAGUUUUUGUUUCUGGUUGCAGUACACAUAUAGCUCAGCUGCAAUUGUUCUUUUUUAUCUCUCAACUUCAGGUGGAGUGGGUUCCUCCUUUGUGCCACUGCGAUGCUUUUUGUCAUACUUCCAAUGUUUACUUUCCCCAAAAAGCUUCCACCUCGACACAAGAAAAAGAAGAAAAAGAAGAUGCAUGCUGAUGAUGUUUCAAGUGAUGAUGAUAUUGUAAAAGAAAAAGCAAACAGCAAAAGUCAGUUAGACCAUGAAGUCCCUGCUUCAAUGGGAUUUGGAAAGAAUGUUAGAGGUAAUAUAUGUUUUUUAAAUAUCAGAUUGGGGUGAGGUUUAAAAUCAUACCAUUACUGUUAGUUUCUGCUGAAAAUUGAUAAUGAAAGCCAAUAGGCAAUAAUAGCGCACUUGGGAAAUGGGAGAGUAACCAGUGUUUUGUAGCAUAUGGUAUUCUAUCUCAGGACCAACUGUAAUCUCUGGCCAAUCCACAGUUGCUGUUGGGUAAAUCACAACAUCCUGGCACAUGCAGUCCGUGCAAAGCAUGUCAGGAUCAUUCAAGACAUUUGUCAUGUUCCUCCACAGCUUCAUAAAUCAUCAUGUGGCCACAUUCUCUCCCCUGUCCCGCAAUCCUGUGGCCUCAUAUGGAUUAUGUAGCUGUGGAAGAAUGUAAGAAUAUGAUCAACAGUUUUUGUUACUGCCUUAGAUAAGCUGGAAACAGCCUCUGCAUGGUAGCUUUUGUCAUCACCACAAGGAAUAGCACCAGUCACGAUUUCCUAGGUCCUCAUCAUGUAGAUGGUCUCCAUGCCGGCAUCUGUCUAAAAAUGAGAACUGGCGGGUGCUUAGGUAAAUAUAGGAAGCAGAUAUUCAAAUGAGGUGUGGGUUAGUUACAUUCACAACUAUUGUCUGGACACUGGAAAUUCUGAAACUGAAAGUGCCUUCCAACUGGAAAUUGCAGAGCAAUGCUGGUUAUUCUAAUAACUUGUGAUGAAAAAAGUAUAAAGUUUAGUAGCCAGAAGUUGCAAUUAUAUGUGUAGUGACCAGGGGUUAAGUCCCUUUUAACGCAUUGGUACAGUGGUACCUCGGGUUACAUGUGCUUCAGGUUACAUACACUUCAGGUUACAGACUCCGCUAACUCAGAAAUAGUACCUCGGAUUAAGAACUUUGCUUCAGGAUGAGAACAGAAAUCACGCGGCGGCAGCAGCAGGAGGCCCCAUUAGCUAAAGUGGUGCUUCAGGUUAAGAACAGUUUCGGGUAAAGAACGGACCUCUGGAACGAAUUAAGUACGUAACCAGAGGUACCACUGUACUUACUUUUGGGGAUGCGGGUGGCGCUGUGGGUUAAACCACUGUGGUGCUUGGGCUUGCCGAUUGGAAGGUCGGCGGUUCGAAUCCCCGCAACAGGGUGAGCUCCCGUUGUUCGGUCCCAGCUCCUGCCAACCUAGCAGUACGAAAGCACGCAGUGCAAGUAGAUAAAUAGGUACUGCUCGGGCGGGAAGGUAAACGGUGUUUCCGUGUGCUGCUCUGGUUUCGCCAGAAGCGGCUUAGUCAUGCUGGCCACAUGACCCGGAAAAACUGACUGCGGAAGCGGACAAAUGCCGGCUCCCUCGGCCUUUAAAGCGGGAUGAACACCGCAACCCCAGAGUUGUUUGUGAUUGGACUUAAUUGUCAGGGGUCCCUUUACCUUUACUUACUUUUGAGUGGGCAUGUAUAGGUUUGGCUGCAAAUUACUGCUAUCUCACCAAGCAAUUGAUACAAUGGGUUGAAUCCAGACUAAGGCUGAAAUCCUAAUCCUGUUUACCUGGGGAGUAGGUAACUCUCAUUGAAUUCAGUAGAGCUUACUUCUGAGUAGAUAUGUUAGGCUUGUGCUGUGUCAGCCACUGUUUGCCAAAACCAACUUAAGUCCUAUUGAUUUUAGUGAGUCUGGAUCCAGCUCAAUGUGUUCAGAUAGCUGUCAGUAGAAAUAUCAUAACAUCCAGAGCAGAGAACAGAACCAGCUUGCCCUGUAUGUAAAGAUUUAGUCAUUGUUAUACAAAUUGGGAAAGCAAAGGAGUUAUAUGUUAUCUGCUAUUGGGCAAAUGUACAAUUGCCUUCAUUUUUCUCCAGUUUAAUUCUGUCUAUACAUUAACGUAAUUGAAACAAUUUCUGUUUUAAGACACUGCAAAAGUAAUAUAUUAUAGUUGGUGGUACUAGUAACAGAAAUAAUAUAUAUAAUAUCCUAUUUAAACUACUCUUAUUGGGCAUUCAAAGCCCAUAAGCACAUGGGGCAGAAAAUAAGACACAAAGGGGUACAUAGAGGCUGAUUUAGGGUCAUCCAAUAGUGGCUCAACAAUGUAUGCAUAAGCUUUUUGCCAGUGCAUACAACCUCUUCACUCCUUCCUUUUGUAUGAGUCACAAUUAAAUCAGGAAGUCAUUAAAUAACUAGUUUUUGAGCAGGGAAAUCCAAAGAAACCAGGAUUUUCAACCAUGGUUGGUUUGAAGUUGUUUUAAAAUCUGGGCUUGCUUUAUAGUUGGUUUCCAAUGUGACCGACUGACUCCCCCCACAACCUUUUGUGGCCUGUAAUAUAAUUCUAGCACCAUUUGGUGACCUAGUUGUGGCAUUGUCAUAAAACUGCACCAUCAUUUCUUGGCAUAUUCACCUUUGAAAAUGUCACCUUUUUCUUUUUCUUUGACAUUGCAGUGUCAUAAUUGCUCAGUUAGCAAUUCAGCAGAUUUAAUUGGCUUUGGAGAAAAUGUGCUUCAUGCCAUUUUUUAGUUUUGGCUUUCUUCACAUCUAAACUUUGUGAUGCAGUUCCUCAACCAUUCUCUUUUGCGUAGUUCAAAUCUGAGCAAGUCUUCUGGAAAUAAGACUUUCAGCAUUGUCCUCUAAAUGACUGUGUGUCAGGAAAAGUUGCAGAGUAGCAUUCUGCUGAAUUUUUGCAGUGACUGCUAUAUGUCUUCAUUAUUUUAAAUGAAAAAUUGCUGCAUCCACCUCCACUUUAAUUCCCCAGGGCUUGCCGUAAUGCUUCUCCUUGGCCCCUAUUAAAAGUAUUCAUUACAAACGUUGGGGGAGAAAUCACCCUUAUUGGCUGUUUGGCCAAGUUGACCUGAAAAUGGUCAGGCUAUGCUGCAAAGUGGAAUGAUCUCCCCUCUCCUCCCUCUAUGUCCCCACAAGUGGCUCAGGGGUCGGGUGUUGGUAGAACAGUGUUCAGGAAGAGGAUUGUUCUCUCUGGCAAAUUGAAAUGCUUACAAAAAUUAUGUCCAUUGCAGUGAUAUGAAAAGUUAGGGACAUCAUUGUGUUUGUGGUGAGGAGAGAAGUAGUGGAGGUUGCAGAGGAGAGUGUUUGCUGUUGUAGUUUCCCCCUAUCGUCUCUUGUGUUCUGUGUUGCUCAUUUAUAGUCUGCUUGGCCAGUCUCUUUCUUCUUGGCACUUUUAAAUGUAAGACAGUUGCUGAAACAUCAGCCCUGCAAAAUGUCCCUAUGAGGUUGAGGACUGGAGGCAGUAGAGGAUUUCUGAUAAGACACACUGAGCGGUCCUCACUAUGCUCUUCCUGUCUCUACACUCAGUUCCUUUUUUCAUGGUGGCAUGGGAACUACAGUAGCAGAACCCCUUCCCAUGUCACUUGGAUAAUAUGAUGAACACACAUCCUGCCUCUACCGUAGGCUAACUUUGCCCCCAUUUCCAGGAGUAGUGUUCAGAUAGGAAUGAGCUGCAGCAUGGGCUCAUUUAUGACCAUUUCCUGACCCGCACAUGAAGGAGCCAUACUGCAGUAGCUUCUGUACAACCAGUGUCACAUCAAAAGGAACUUUUGAAAUCCAUAUAAUGUUGGGCUGUACCCUGCUGUUCAUUAUAACCAAGGCCUGCCAAACAGGAUUGUGUAUUUAGUUCUACAAUUACAGUUCCUGGGACUUGGACAUCUGAUCCUAGCUUAUGCUGAGUCAGUCUAGUCCAGUAUUGUCUACUCUGACUGUCACUGGCUCUCCAGGAUUUUUGACAGAGAUUUUUCCCAUCACCAUCUACCUGAUCUGUUUAGGAUGAGAUGCCAAAGACUGGACCUGGGGUCUUUUACAUGUAAGGCAGGUCGUCUGUCACUGAGUUGUUUACUCCUAAGACUUCUACUUGUGGAAACACACUUGGGAAUGUUGGAAAGGCACUAACAUAUGCUAAUAUUAUUUUGUAUUCACAUUGUGGAACCCCCAGGAAGAGGUCUUGGAUGGUAACCAUCCCUUCAAAUCCAGUUCAAAGCAGGCUGAUUUUCUUUUUGUUUUCCAUUCAUUAUGUAUAUAUAAAGUUCAUGUGUCAUACUUCUAUUUUUAUUUUUGUGUCAUUUGUAGAACUUCCAAGAGCAGCUGUCAGGAUCUUAAGCAACAUGACAUUCCUUUUUGUGAGUUUGUCAUACACAGCCGAGAGUGCCAUUGUUACUGCUUUUAUUACCUUCAUCCCCAAGUUCAUCGAGUCACAGUUUGGCAUCCCAGCUUCUAAUGCCAGCAUCUACACUGGUAAGGCAUUGCCAUCAGUAAGGAAACCUGUAAGAAUUAUUCUUCUGUGACUGGCAAAAGAAAACUAUUAGAAAAGUUUCAGCAAUGCUCUUUUUAAUUGUUUGUUUUACAGUUUGCAAUUAUUCGGCCUUAUAGGUACCCAUUGCUUAUAUAUGAGCAAUUUGCCAUGCCUGUAGUGUGAUAAUGUUUUCUCAUGCGGAAAUAAAAUUGCUCUGGCAAUGCCAGCACCAUCGAAAGGUUGUCCUGACCUGUUAGAUUGCUACUGAUUGCUUAAGAGUGAACUUUACUGCUCUUUCAGCAUGUCUCACUCUCUUGCUUGCAGGUCAUUCAUUGGUCAAAUGGCCUGUCCAUAUCUUUACUCAUUUUUCAUCUCAGCAAUAACUGAAACUAUUACUCUGGUUAUUUAAAUCUAUAUAGCUCUUGUAUGAAUUUCCAUGUAAAGGCAUUAAAACAUCACAAUUACCAAGCUGAAUGAACCCAAAGGUCCAUCUAUUUUCUCCCAGCAGUGACUAUUUGCAGGCCUCUGAGUUAAUUGGAAACAAGGCUAUUCCAUAAUGUUUGCUUCCAGCACCUGAGAAUCAAAUGGAUGUUGCUCUGAAUUUGGGCAUUCCAGUGGUGGCGAUCAUAAUAUGCCUUAUAUACCCUCCCAUCUUUUGGCCACAUACUCAAAACAGAUUACAAAAUACAUUAAAUAUUAAAACCAACAUUAUCGUUGAGACAGCAUAAAACAUAGUUAAAACAAUUCAUUUUUUAAAAGGUGGCACCAUAAAAUCAACCUGCAAACACUAAACCCUUCCCCAAGAUCAUCCUAUAUGAAAUAGUUUAGCCUCCUUUAAAAAGCCAGCUAACAUAAUUAUCAAGGUUUAUAAAUGUGCUUAGAAAGGACCCAUUUAGCUAAACUAAAAUAGCCUAAUGUAAAUUGCAUCUUGGCAAGACUUCACUGCUCUAGAGUCCUUGAAUGGGAAAACACUUUCUAUUUACUGCCAAAGAAGAGGUCUAGGAAGGGUAGUUAAAACUGUGUAGUUAGAAGAGAUGAAGAGAAGUAAUGGAAGCACCUUGACAUGGAAUUCCUAUAGGGGCAGGAGAAACUUAGUUGAAACGUUCCAUAUUUUAAUAAUUUUUUAUUAGGGGAGUAACUAAGAGACGUUUUGUACAAAUGGUGAAAUAAAGAAAAUUGGCGCAGACAAUCCUGUAUGGACACCUCCACAGCAUAUGGAAGUUGUUCAUUCUAUAACAUAAAAUACAGUAAAGGCUAUUUUGAUUGACAGUCUUGUAAUUCCAUGUGAUUAGUACAGAAGCUACUCAGGCUCUUAACGAAUGUUGCUUCUGUGUUUUAUGGCAUACCCAAGGGCCUUAAUUGUAUCAUUGCCUAGUAUUAGAUGUGUACUCAUAAAGUCAGGGUAAACCAAGCCUUAAGGUUGAUAUGAGAAAUUGCUAAUGUCCAACCCAAGAAUGAGAGAGACAGAAACUGGUUAGUUGAUGUAUACUUUUGGAUCAACUUAGAUUUUUGAAAAAGGUCUUUAUCACAGCCCAAUUCUGUCCAUUUUUUCUUCACAUUUAAGCCUCACUCUACUCAGUGGAGUCUAUUUCCUUGUUUAAGAUUGCCUAGUACCACUUGUGAAAACCAUACAAUAGGUAUUUGUAUAUUAUUAUUUUCUCCAAUGUUGGAAAAGUUUUUGCUGCAACCUUUUGAAGCCAACUCAAGGACAGAAACUGGAUAUUGCUGACUCAAAACUAUUCUUGGUUUGGGGCACUUAAUACAGUAGCAUAUUUGACACAUUCAGAAUCCAUUCUUAGCUGUCUUUGGAAAGUAACUUAUGUGUGACACAGUAGCAAGCAAUCAGAUACUAGAUUUGAAAAUGACAUGUGACACUCUUGCUUAGCACAUGCUUAACUUUGGAAUCUCCUUUGAGCAAAUCAUGGCAUAACCGAGUGCUCUUUUCAGAAUGCAUUGCUUUGCAUUUCAUAUACAGUACAUAGUCAAAAAGAAUAUGUGUUGUUUCCCGUGUGGCCUUUACAAAGUCCGUUUUGUCAGUUUGAUUUUAAUCUGCUUCUUGGAGUCUAUAAAUUGUUUACCACUUAUUUCUAGUGGUACAGUUGCUCAUUAAUAGAAGGGCCUAUAUAGGGAGCAUAAACAAAUAUCACCUAGAUUCUCAAAAGGAAAACAAAGCAAAUGAGUUUAGCACAUUUGGUUUAUAGUUUUGCACAAUAACUACAGUGUUUCUUAUUCUUGAUUGCCAUGAGAAAUAAUGAAAUAUUUGUUUAAAAUAGAAGGAACUCCAUGUGCAGGGAUAACUGAGUUCAAAUGUCAAGGAAGCAGUUGGUAGAAGGGAAGAGAUCAAAGGGAAAGGAGCUCCCAAAUUCUAAGGAGAUUUUGUAGAGAUGCAACAACAGGCCAAAAGUAGGCCCUUUGGUUUCUCAGGCUCUUACUUGUUUCCCAUAUAGUCCACACCUUGCCAGUACAGAAUUUCUUACUGUGAAGUAAUUGAUUUGCAGAUCCAGUUAAUUUACCAUCCUUCCAUGUGUUUGACUUUGCUUUGCCACUUGCAAUAAAUAGAUAGAUAUAAAUAUUUUAGGCCGUGAUGCAUUUCCCCCCCUAUUUUCUCUCUCUCUCUCUGUUGAGACUUUUCAAAAACUAGAUCUAGCAUCAGGAAGACAGUUCCAUAAAAUAAUCCUUAGUCAUGAAAUCCCAUCUAAAAGGAAAUGAAUUACAAUCUAUACCACGUUUGUAUCUAAAUAAAGAAUUAUCACCCAAUUAGAAACUUAAUUUAAUUCUCUUGAAUUUCAUGUAUUUUCCAACAACACUUGGAGCUGGUUCCCUUCCCAGCCUAGCAUGAAAACAAAGCAAUAUUUCUGCUUGUAUUUAACAAUAGCUCUAUUUAUUCUGUUUCUGCUGCUUCUGGAAAAAUCAUAAGGAAGCUUUUAUUAAUCCUUUGACAUAACCGAAGGGUAGUGAAAAUUCUGACACUUUUUUGCUGUGGUGAAGUUCUCAUGAAGAAUUGCUGUGACGGUUAAGUUGCGUUUUGGGCUGCACUACUUUUCACUUAAGGUGAUGAACAUAUGAUUAAAUGCUCCUCCAUGAAGAAGAAAAACCCUGCCAGAAAAGUAGCAUGUCACAGAGAAGGCUUAGGCUAGUUAGAUUCCUUCUCCUUCAUAUCUAGGUGUGUGUUUUUCAUAUGUACUGAUUUUUAAUUUUGUAUGGAAGACUAUUACUUCAGAAUUUGUAUAUUGCCCCCCCUUCUGGUACACAAAAUACAACAAUAGAAUUUAUUAUAUGCUUCAUAUGCUAAUAAAAAUCACUAUAGAAUUUAUCGUAUACUUCAAGCACUAAUAAAAUCAAUCUGAAUACAUUAAAGCAGUAGUGGUUAAGACCAUGCACAGCAGCACACAUUUUCAUUAAAAACUGCUUGAAAGGUCUGCAUAAAAUCCAGUACUAUAUGUGUGUGUGUGUGCCUUUUUAGGGAAGGCAUUCCACAAAUAUGGGGGCCACCACCAAAAUGACCUGUCUCUAGUUCUGACCACUUUGAUGGAUCUGGAUGGUGAGUCCACAGACAGGACCUCUGAGGCUGAUCUUAAGCAGAUUCAAUGUGUGCAGGGCAAUCAUGAAAUUGCCCAAUUAUCGCCUCAUCUGGUUGUGUGAGAACCAGCCUUAGGCAAUGGGGUCAUAUUGUUUUGUCUUUGCAUGACAUCCUUAGAGUUCUGCUUGAAUUUAAGGAUGGGAUAUUUAGUGUUUUAUCAUAAAAAUAGUGUAGAAAUUUCACAGCCACACUGGUAGGGAAGGUUUUUCUCUUCCCGCCCCCUUUUAUUCUUUCAUUCUUUGUAACAUAGAAAGUGUUUUAAUUUUACCCUUUUCUUUCCUUUUAAUCAGGUGUGAUCAUUGUUCCAAGUGCUGGUGUUGGUAUUGUCUUAGGGGGCUACAUUAUAAAAAAACUCAAGCUCAGUGCAAGAGAGUCUGCAAAGCUGGCAAUGAUCUGCAGUGGUGUGUCUUUGCUCUGCUUUUCAACACUGUUCAUUGUUGGAUGCGAAAGCAUUAAUCUAGGGGGGAUAAACAUACCAUAUACUACCGGGUAAGUAUCUUUUGGCUUUCUAAAUAAUUCAUGCCUUCAUCAAAGCUAGCCUGCUUAUAUAAUGGUAGUAAACUUGCCUUAUUUCAUAAGGACAUUAAAUGUGGCAAUCAAAAGGGGGGGGGGAGAGGGAGAGAGAUAACCACAAUUUGAAGCUUUUGUGUAGGUGUGGAGAACCUUUUUCAGCCUGAGGUCCUACAAUUCCUUGUGGACUGUAUGUGCAUGCAAAGUGCAUGCAGAUGUUCAGCAAAGGCAGAAAAAUGGAGAAAUAGCCUCUUGUUCUGGGCUUACAAAGUGAGUAACCCUGUCUUAUAUUAAAUAAGACAGAUCUGACUCAGAAUGCUAGAUAUUUGGGACAAGCACCCAAGACCUAAUCUCUGGGCCAGAGAAUAGAAACUGCUUGAACAUUAGGGGAAGCAUCUUAAGAAGAGCAGUUUGACAGUGGAAAAACCAGUAUGACAACGGAACCAAUUACCUAGAGCAGGGAUCCUCAAACUACGGUUCGCGGGCCACAUCCAGCCUGCCAGGAUCCUGUAUCCGGCCCGCCCGGCAAUUGCAGAACCCGCCGCUGUCUAAUAGGUCUUGGCCCAAAACUUUAGCGAUACAGGAACAUGGUGGGCGGUGCCAGGGAACACGGGGGUCCAGAGGGCUGGGGAAGGCGAGGCCUCGUCGGUCGGGAGAGAGGCUGCUCUAGCUCGACAAGGUACAGAGGAGCCCCAGGAGCUGUGAGGCUGUUGUGGACUGAACCCUGAGGUUUUCUCUCAUUCUAUGCUCCUUUCUUCCCACCGCCUUACUAAGUGGCCUCUUUUCCCUGGUUCGCUUGGCACUUCCCGCCCUCCCCACUUUGCUUCCUGGCAGUUUCAACCGAAAAGCCGCUCCUCUCGCUUCCCUUUCUUUCCCCGGUUUCCUUUCCUUCGUCUUUCUUGCGCAAAGGCAGUUUCUUACUCAACUAUUCCCUCCCUCGACAGUCAUUUGUUUUGAGCGCCACAUUUUGCUUUUCAUUCUCUCGUUCCACGUCAAAUCGCAGGGAACGGGAGAGAAGGGGAGUCGUCAUGCCGUCACGCUUUCCUGUGCAUUUACAGCCUGCCUUAAGAGAGUUAAGAUUACCUGGAGUGUCAGCUUCGCCUUUGAGCCAGUGCCACCGACUGGGCUCAACCACUUCAGCCCCGACUGGGCCAGGCGAGAUGGGGUAGCACUUCCAGAAACCUUCUUCUGCAGGAACAGGUCUAAGUGCUGUGGACUCACAACUCAGAGCUGUGAGCACCAAACUCACUUCCAGAAGACAGUCGUGCACAGCAGAGUACAGCAGAGCAUAAAUCACUCGGACGACAGCGCUGAAGAAUAUAUUCUUUUAUUCACUAGGACCCUCGUACCUACGGGACCGCCUCUCCUGGUAUGCCCCACGGAGAGCCUCAAGGUCCAUAAAUAACAACACCCUAGUGGUCCCAGGCCCUAAGGAAGUUAGAUUGGCUUCAACCAGAGCCAGGGCCUUUUCAACUCUGGCUCCAGCCUGGUGGAACGCUCUGCCUCAUGAGACCAGAGCCCUGCAGGAUCUGAUUUCUUUCCGCAGGGCCUGUAAGACAGAGUUGUUCUGCCUGGCCUUUGGCUUGGAGCCAAUUUGAUUCCCUCCCUCCCUCCCUCUCUUUCUUUUUUCUUUUCCUUCUCGUGCGAUGAGGCUACAUUUUAAUAUUUUAAUGUUCCAUUAUUUUAAUGUUGUAUUUUAUUUUUGUUUUUAAGUUGUAAUCAUUCAUCUUGUUUUUAUUAUUGCUUGUAAGCCGCUCUGAGCCCGGCCUUGGCUGGGGAGGGCGGGGUAUAAAUAAAAAAUUAUGAUUAUGAUUAUUACUGUACUAUACAAACUAUAUAUAAAUGGAGACGCUGGACUGCACUGAGUGUUACAGCUGCUUUCUGCAGCGACCUUAUCUACACAGAGAUAACACUCAGUCUCCCUUUUGAAGUGAGGCUGGAGCGGAAUAAGUAGCAAGCACAAUCCGCCCCCUCCUCUCUGGAAAAUCAGCAGAUUCUUGCAAUUGGAGGGGUGAAAUCUCCUCAUGGAGACCCACUUCCUUUCCUGCAAAUCCCCAAGCCAAAGUCACCUGGACUCUGAGGGCGGUGAUGGCGACUGAGGGGAAUCAAUACGCUGAGCCUUAACCUGUGAGUUUCACCUGCUUGCGCUGAGGGGAAAGAGACCCGUGCUGGCCGUUGCCUGCCUCUGGCAGAGCAGAGCCAGUGUUGACCGGCAACAGCCAGUGUCCACGCCGAUGCCACGGAUUCUCUGUGGGAUCCCAGCGAGGGCUGCUACUUCCAUUGUAGCUUCUCCUUCUGGUUGGCAGCACUUGCAGACUUUGCCUUCGCCUGUGGCCAAGUGGCAGGGAGGUCCCCUUUCCCGGUCACUUCCCUUGCCUCCCAACAGUUGGGGUUUCAGAAAUCUCCAAGAGCCUCUCCCUUUAAGUGGACCUGGUCAUUCCUUUCCUGCCCCCCUUACACACACACCUCAUCCGCCCUCCUCUUCUUUCUUCCUCCUUUGACCAUUUCUUGCAAUCAGAGUUUAAUCUCCAAAGACCUGCGUGUAACACAAGUGCCCCCCCCAUUGUCACAUACUUCUAAGCCCACAGAAACCACAUGCACACUGCACCAAGUGAAACUGUGGAAAUUGCUGGAUUGGACUAUCAACAGCUACUAGUUGUGAUGGCUAUGCUCUGCCUAUGCUGUCUCUUCCAAUGUCUUCACCCUUGGAGCAACUGCACUGCAUUUAAUCCAAAUAUAUCUUGUUGAAAAGGUUCACGUUCUGCAGAUGGAGAUCCUUAUAUUUCUGGCAGAACAGAGCAAAUUGGCUAGUGCCCAUGAUGUCACCAUGUGCAAUGCCUUUAAAGUAUAUUGUAAAUAUUGAAUUUUUUUUACUGUUUUUUUGUGCACCACAAAUACAAUAUGUGCAGUGUGCGUAGGAAUUUGUUCAUAUUUUUUUUCAAACUAUAGCCCGGCCACCAACAGUGUCUGAGGGACAGUGAACUGGCCCCCUGUUUAAAAAGUUUGAGGAUCCCUGACCUAGAGGGAUAGUAGACUCACUUUUGCUCGAGGUCUUUAAGCAGAGACUGGAUAGCCUUUUGUUGGGGAUGCUCCAAUUCUGGAUUUCCUGUACCAAGCAGGGAAUUUUAUUAGGCUGCGCAAAAUCUCCUCCAACUCUAUAAUUCUAUGAGUAGCAAUAAAUGUGGAUAUUCAGACUUUAUCCUCAGUAAUAUAUCUUAAUGUAUAUCAUUUGCAUUAUGAGGCCAUAAUUGUGCCUAUAUGUUAAUGGUGAGUUGGCUGGGAACACAUUCUGCUAUAAUAAUGAGAAAUUAGGGGAAAUACGGUUUUAUGGCUUAUAGUUAUAAAAUGGUUCAAUAAAGUGAUUUGAAGCUUGACUCUGGCAUGUUGACAGCUGUUAUGUGUGUUUUUCUUUCAAAGGCUGUGCUGAAAUAUUUUCCCCCCAGAAAGAUUUCUCAGUUUCUCCUGCAUCUUUUGAGAAAUGGCUUGUUGUGUUAGGUCAAGGGGAAAGUCUAGUAUGUGCUUUCCUCUAAUGGUAGUUUCAUUAAAAAGGCGUUUUUGUGGCCAAUAUUAGUCAAUGGACUUGCUUAUUAUUUCUGGAAGUAAAGAAGCAUGUAGUUGCUAAGCAGGAUUCUCACAGACAGCCACAUUAUUGAAGGGUUUACAGUUCAGUUCAGGUAAGGCAAGGGAUUAGAAAUUACAUCGAAAAGAGAUAAGGAGAAGAAACCCAGGAGAUAAGUAAAAAAUAGUUUGAGAGGCAUGGGGUUGAAUUUUCAACAGGCAGCUUUUUAAGGCACAGAAGAGCCUUCAGAAAAAACUGGAAAAGGAGAUUUAGGGUGCUUGUAUGUGAUUUAUCUGCUGAAUUUCCUCUUUUUCCAUUGCAGCCUUUAAAUGCAAGGCUUGCCAGUUGACCUGAAAACCCCCAGCUGGGCCUGCUUUUGACCUUUAACAACUAUACAGUGUGCAGAAAUCAGUUGGUGUGAUAUUAGGCCAUGGGAACCUACACAUACCCCUGCUAAUGUCACCCAGUAAGCCAAUUGUACUGGCAAAAAAGCAUCAGUAGCCAAUAAAAGUUGGCAACUCUUAUUUCACUUAAUAAAUUAGUCUAAAGUUGCUUGUGAAUUCUUGCCCUUCUAAAUGACGUGUGAUAUUAAUAAGAAAUCAUUAGUGAUAAUAUUUUUUUCUUUUAAAAUUGUGUUUCACAUUUUCCAUUUCAAGUUUGCCCAAUGAGAGAAUUAUAGGCAUAGUUUUCUCAAAAGGUAAUCAGAUUUGUUGAACAAAACCCCUUUGGUUCCAGCUCUAUCAUUCUGUGUGAAUGGUAUUGGUUGCAUAAAUUCCAUGUGUCUAUUUCAGUAAACAGAACAAUCAGGGACUAGGUCUACAGCUCUGCCACUGACAGCCAUGGCAGUAGUGAAGCUGGAACUAGCUACAGGAUAAGAUACAAUACUCUAUCAAUAUUGCCUAUAUAAUGUCUGUUAAGAACAUGGCAUUAAUGUAAUUUCACAGAAUUUUGCGGCUUGAGUAAACAUAGAAAGCCCUUUACACAACAUGUUAAACUGAAAUGUGUUUUGCUAAUUGACUAUGUAGAUGCUAAUUGAAUAUAAAGAUUCAGCCCUAUGUGCACUUAAUUGGGGAGUGAGCUUAGUCCCAUUGAACUUGGUGGGAAUUGCUUCUGAGUAAACUAUGCAUAGAAGCAAACUAAAGUGUCAAAGUAAGUGUAGCAAAAAUAGCUAACUUGAAUCCAUAUUUAUUUGGUCUAGUUAGUAAAUAAUAUUCCAAAUAAUAUUUGGUCUAUUAGUAAAUAAUAUUCCUAGAAAAUAGUAGCAUAAAUGGAAGGAUUUAAAUUGAAUUAAAACAAGCUUUUUAAUGCUUUCACAUUCUUUGUUCCUUAACUUUGUGUAUUUUUGAAUGUUUAUCAGUUUAUUUCACUUGAUGCAGAAAAUGGUGCAGUUUGAGAGAAGUGACAAGCAAGAGGAGUCAGAGCCAUGUUAUACACAGGCAUUGCCACCAUGCUGCAGGAGCAAUAUGCUUGGCAGACCUCUUAGUUUGGACCAAAUGCCUGAAGAUGCUCUGUGUUCUGCAACUUUUGAAGUACUUUUCCAACAUCAUGUGUUGCAUCUUUAGCAUAUGCUCCAACCAUCCUUGUUUUAUGGUACCAGUUCCCUGGUAAAUCAUUGUCCCUAUUUCUAUCUUUGGGGGCUGUCUUGUUCGUAUGAGUUGUUAGAGCUGCCAGUCUACAGGAUUUUGUGGUGCAUGUUGACACCAGUGAAGUGGGAAAUGUACUUCUGUGGUCCUGGAAGCUGAAUGUAGAUUGUUAGGUAAGGAGGUCGAAAGUCAGCACCAUCAAGUUAUUUCUUUCUUAAAUGUUGCCUGUGCCACAUACUGGGUAGCUUAGAUAGGCAGAGUUGAGGAGCGUCAAUGAGUGGAUGAGAUGAUCGUGUCAGGAGAAGGGGUUUCGAUCUGAAUAACAUUUUGGGACAAACCAGGUCUGUAUAAAAGGGAUGGACUCCACUUGCACCAGAGUGCAACCAAACAACAUUUUUAAAAGGUAGCGGAGCAGCUUUUAAACUGACACCAGGGGGAAAAGUCAACAGGAACUUAGGAUCAUCUGGUUUCAAAUUAAUCAUUCCUAAGAGAUGAACAUGGGGCGUGGGUGGCGCUGUGGUUUAAACCACUGUGCCUCUUGAACUUGCCGAUUGGAAGGUUGGCAGUUCGAGGUCCUGCUAUGGGGUGAGCUCUUGUUGUUCGGUCCCAGCUCUUGCCAACCUAGCAGUUCAAAAGCACGCAGUGCAAGUAGAUAAGUAGAGCAGCGUUUCCGUGUGCUGCUCUGGCUUCACCAGAAGCAGCUUAGUCAUGCUGGCCACAUGACCUGGAAAAACUGUCUGCGGAAAUGGACAAACGCCAGCUCCCUUGGCCUGUAAAGUGAGAUGAGCACCACAACCCCAGAGUCGUUAGCGACUGGACUUAACUGUCAGGGGCCCCUUUAUCUUUACCUUUAAGGGAUGAACGUAUUUAUGACUGUCCACAUGAUGGUGAGGCAGAACUAGGCAAUAUAAGUGCAGGGGAACAAGAUAGCCAUUCCAAGAAGCCAUUCCAAGAGGCCAAAGCACCCUAGAGCAAAAUGCAGGGACAUCUUGUAUAGUUAGGUCCAGUCGUGACUGACUCUGGGGUUGCGGCGCUUAUCUCGCUUUAUUGGCCGAGGGAGCUGGCGUACAGCUUCCGGGUCAUGUGGCCAGCAUGACUAAGCUGCUUCUGGCGAACCAGAGCAGCGCACGGAAACGCUGUUUACCUUCCCGCCGGAACGGUACCUAUUUAUCUACUUGCACUUCGGCGUGCUUUCAAACUGCUAGUUUGGCAGGAGCAGGGACUGAGCAACGGGAGCUCACCCCGUCACGGGGAUUCGAACCGCCGACCUUCUGAUCGGCAAGUCCUAGGCUCUGUGGUUUAACCCACAGUGCCACCCGCAUAUUGUCAAGAUAGCUGCUAACUAAUUCCACAGCUCCUGAGUUCCUGCAGGCUUUUCCAAUUCUGAGGCACCUGGAGGAGCCAUCAGGGUGUAGCAACAGGAACAACAGGGAGCAGGAAAUAUAAACACCAUAAUAAUCAGUGACAUUGAGAUCCCAGGGACAUUGGGAGUGAGUGCUGCUGUUCGGAUUUACAGGUCCCAAAGCAUAUGUGAAGAAAGAAUUUAUUUAGACCUAUGGUCUCCAGACUGGAAACCGAUCCUAAUCCCUGGUACAGGGAAAUGUUUAAAGGGCAUUUGUCACUCAUGUAUAAUUAAUGUAUUGUCGCAGUGCCAUGCCUGGGUAUAAAUAUAAAUCAGGCAGCUAGGAAGAUAAGGAGCUUAAAGGGGACUAAAAGGACACCAACCAGUUCCCCAAUUCCCUGCACCCACCCAUUCAAAUAGGGGAUGCUGGCUGUGCCACAAGUUAGUCCUGGAGUCAGAGAAAUGAUGCUGUGACCUUCAUGUCCUGCUUGUGGGUUUCCUUGAAGAAUCUGUCUAGCCAUGGUUGGAAACAGGGUACUGGGCUGGAUGGUCUGCUCCAGCAGCGCUCUUACAUUCUCAUAUCUGCAUGUUUUCACAUUUGCCUAUCAUAUCCUUUUUAAUCCUCUAUUUUAGGUUUUAAACUCUUAAGGAGAAGGGUCUUGUUUCUCCUUUCAUAGCUGUAACACAGCUGUAGGUGCUCUAUAAAUUCUAGUAAAUUUCUUAUGCACAGGACCAAAAGCAGAACCUUCUCUUUAAAACCUUGUGACAUAAACAAAUGCUGCAAAAAGCAUUUGCUUUUCGGCAGAUGUAUGUAUCAUAAAACUAUGAACUUUAGAAGGAUGUUGGAUAGAAACUAAGAGGUUUUAGCUGUAAUGCUUUAAGAGACAUGGAAAAAAAGGUUAACAAUUGGGUAAAAGAUUAAUGGUAAGGAUUUGCUGAACCAACAAAUUGAAUUGGAAUACAAAGAAGGGAGGUAUGAGGAGGUCCGGGAAAUAAGAGUAAGGAAGAUAGGCUAUGGAACAUUAUUGUGUUUUUAACUGUUUUAUUUUGUAUGUUUUUUUUUCUUAUUUUUUACUGUUUUUGUUAUAUCUUAAAACUUUAUACUUUUUCUUUAUUCUGUACUUUCAUGUAUCUUUAAUAAAUAUCAUUUAUAAAAAAAAUAAAAAAAUAAUAAAAAAAUAAAACUAUGAUGCCAAUGUAAUAGGAAGGGUAACUAUGGUUUUGAUGGUUCAGUGUAAAAACACAGCUUUCAGCUUGGGAGAAACAUUAAUAUUCCUUUGUGUUUCUUACUCUUAGAUUUUGCACUUGGUUGUAAUAGUUGGGAAACUACUGAAAGGCUGAAAGGAUAUUUUGUAAAUUUAUGUUGACACACUCAGUCCUACACUGAUAUGCCAUAAUUUCCCAUUAUCAUCUGAAAACUCCAGGACUUUCUGUGUAUUAUAUCUUAGGAUAGAUAUUGGGAGCUAGACCAUUGUGUCUGAAGUUUGUUUUUUAGACAGCAAAGUAGGGGCUUAGUUAGAGGUUUAUAAUAUUAUCUGUGCUGUGGAGAAAGCGGACAUUGGUUAUGAUAGUCAAAUGGAACAUUCAGGUUCCAGUGCCUCUGAAUUUCAGUUUCUGGUGUGUGCAUGUGUGUGGGACAGACAAUGGCAAUCCUUUGUUGCCCUUCAUUGAUAUAAAAGUAUUUUUAUUCAGUUUUUAAUGCAUGAUUGUUAAUAACUGAAGCACAAAAGGUACAAUAAAUUAUAAAUCAAGAUGAAGUGCUUGAGUAUUCAAAUGCAGAGUAUUCAAACCUAUGUUCAAAUGAGAAAUACAGGUAUUAAAGAAAGAUGGGGGAUUAAAACAUGCAUUAGCAUUGAAUGCCAAGUAAGAAUAUUUUUCUACAAUGAGGAAGAUGGGGCCAGGGGGAUAGAAGAGCCCAAGAAGCUUUUGAGUCCUGUUUGCAGGAUUCCCCAAACCCUCAGUCUGGACACUCUUGGAAUAGGAUGCUAGAGCUAGUGGCCCUUCCUUUGAUCCAAAAGGAUCAUUCUUAUAUCAGACAAACAAGCUAGUCUUCAUUGCAUUGAGUAUAAAUGGAAAAAUAAAAAGAGCAGUGACAACAGUGAGUUGUUCACGAGUAAAUUCAUUAGUGAGGGGUCUGUUGUUUACAAGCUGGAUACAUUCACGUUGUUGUUUGUGUUGGCUGCAGCUGUAUCUGACUGCUAUAUGACAAGCCUGAAGGAGUUCACAAAAUGUUCCAAAUGGCAGCCAGAAAUCAGUCAUUACUCCACUUCUUAAAGUGCCAGGCUCAACAGCUUCAGUUCCUUCUCUCUUAACCUUGAUCAGUAAUUUGAAGCAAAGAUCAAUCACAGCAACAAUUCAGUUUUUUGUGCCUCCUUCGUUAUGUAGGCUUCUUUAGGGCACAGCAAAUUAAAUGUAUUAAUAUUUGGGACUUUGUCUCUGGUUCAUCUGUUUUGGUCUGGGGGACUGUAAUCUACAUGACUGGAAAUGUAGCUCAAGGAUGAGUUGGUGAAUAUUUUAGUAUCUUUGCAGAAAGAAACUGAAGCAAAGUAGUCUCCAGAACUUGACUUGGAUAAUCCACUACUUCGAUAGGAGGGCUGUCUGAGGGGAAUUUCCUUAUUUUAUUCUAGCCUUCAGUGUUCCUCUCCUCAUCUUUUUUCUAGGUGGUUGUAAUUAGUUUUUUGCCUGUGUGUGAGGGUGUUUGUACUUGUUUGUCUCUCUUCGUCCCGAUUGUGGAUGAGGAGGUAGUGGUGGUGUUGCGGCGUUUGCAGUUGGGCUUUUGGGAUUCUGGUGGAGUUCAUUUUAGAGUGAUUGGGCCAGGAGCCUGGCACUUCCUGUGUCUCCUCAGAGAGCAGGAAUGUUGUUUCUCUUUCUCUUUCAGAGCUUGGGGGGGGGGGCAGUUUCCCUCAACUAACAGCCCCAGCAGCUCCUUGGAGUCACAUUUCCCUGCCCUCCUUGUCCAAGCAGGAUUGUGAUCUUGUGGCUCCCUCUUUUUCUCUGACCAUCUGUGGCAGCAUGCUUUCUGCCAGGGAUAGGAGCCACGUCUGGCGCGCUGCAGACAGUUGGCGGUUUCCCACAUUUUUCACUACGUACGCUGGACAACUGUGCUUUUGAGGGAUGGCAUCUCCUCUAGUGGCUGUUCAAAGCACUUGGGACCAUUUUGUACAUUUUGCAAAUCCAGGUUUGCUUCCGAGGAUACACUCUAUAGGGAGUUGUAGCUAAUCGCUGCUUAAGGAGCUUCCUUCUAUGAACUGCAUGCUUACAAUGUAUUAGGCGUAGUCGCACUCAUCAUUCUUGGGGGUCCAUCUCCCCAAAUAUAGGGCUAUAUCCCCUUGAGCUUAUGAUGCAAUGGAAAGCUCUCUUCGUCCAACCCCAGAAGUCUCCCAAAGAGCCUCUUGCAAAGAGCUGUGGACUCUCAGGAAAGGCCUGGAAUAAAUACCAGAAGAAACUGGAGAAGGGAAUUGGGUAGAGGGAGGCUUGCAUGAGUGAAGCUUGGCCUGUUCCCCCACCCCAAAUUCCCCACUUCUACUCUAGCCUCUGGAAAAUCCCCCAACCUUCAGGAAUGUUUUUUUUUGGGGGGGGCGGUCAGGAGGGCUGUGUGGAGAGGAGGAACAAGGAGUUCCCCUUGUGUGAGCAUCUUUUGGUCACACACUUGAUUGGAUAAAGGCUACUCUUGCUUUUCAUCAUGUUCAUCCUAUUUUGAAAAAUAAAAUCACACCAUCUUUGAAAUAGCCCUAAGGGCUUUCCUGCUCCUUAUGUGGCAGUUGCAUUCACUGUCCCUGCUUAAAGUGUAGAGCUGUUUUUCAGAUUCCUGAGUAGCAUUGAAGGUGAGCAACACUUUGUUUAGAAAUCUAAUUCACCUUUUUGGUCCCCCUUCCCCAAAUGAGAGCUAAGUAAUGCUUCAAAAUCCAGUGCUCACCAUAAAAUAAAAUGAUGACUCAAAAGUUUCUCAGUGCUGUGUUCUUAUUUGAGUUCACUGCUUAUUUAUUUAAACAGUAUCGAACUGUUCAUAAAAGACAUGUGUAAAUAUAAUCAGCUUUCAAAAAGCUUUUAUGUUUUGCAGAAUGUUAUUUGUUUGUUGAGAGCUUCUCAGUGAGCUUUGGUCAGUGAUGUCUUUUCAGUGUUGGUCAUGAAUAUUCAAUAGAAUUUCUGCUGCAGACAAAAGAAGCACCCUUUUGUUUUCUUCUACUGCAAAACUUAGUCUUGCCUCUGGUAUAAUUGACUGAAGUGAAUACUUUAGCCCAGUACUAUAAAUACAGUAAUUAGAAAAUGCAGUGAUAGCUGAAGAAUACCUUUAAUAAAAUGUAUUUUUUAAAAUCAGAUAAUUUAAAAGUCCAUAAAUACAUUGGGUAGAAAAACCUAUAGAAGGUAGCAUUAUACAUAAGAGUAAUAUUAGCUCACUGGGGCACAAUAUAACUACAAUGAUUAAAGAUCAUUUUAAAAGGCAAAGAGACUCAGACUCUUACAAGUCUUAUUUAUUCAUUUUAUUUAAAUAUUUAUAAGCUGUCUUGCUGGGCCAAGUCCAGGUUUCUAUGGAAACCUGUGCUGUAUCAUUUUUAUUGAUAUUUAUGGUACUUUCCUACUAACUUAUGCAAUAAUAGAUGACUGGAAUUUUCAUUUUCUGCUAUGCAGGUAUGUAUGCUUACUAAACAGAUGUUUUUGAGGGACAGAUGUGGUUUUUAAUAUUCUGUUGGGAGCUGCCCAGAGUGGCUGGGGAAACCCAGCUGGAUGGAUGGGGUAUAAAUACUAAAUGCUAAAUAAUAAUAAUAAUUCAAGUAAUUUGCAUGGUUAUAUGCAGGCAACAAAACUGAAACAACAACUAUAUAGUUAGGAACUUUUAUUAUUUAGUCAGUUUAAGCAAGAUGUGUAUCUGAAUGGUUCUGGAAUCAGAAAUGAUCUUAGUCAAGAUUUGGCAUAUUGAAAAUGGUCUAAACUCCAUCUAGAUGGAUGGCCAUCAGACCCCUUUUGUUCAAGGGUAGAAGCAUGAGCUCUUCUCCUCUAGCAACAGUAACUAAGAGCUCAUUUGCAUCUUAUUGCAUCAAGCACCAAUGUGAUGCAAAGUGUGAAGAUGCACAUGUCCAAAUACACAGUGGACAGAGAAUUUCAGUCCAUGUAUCUUUGAUUGUUUGGGGCCCCAUGUCUUCCCUUCGUAUAACUGCUGUGUAAGUGCAGUGAACUCUAGUGUCCCUGCAGUGCCACAUAAAAUGUGGAUCCACCUACAUAAAAAUUAAUGGCCGUAUCAUAUAUUAGUAAUUGUAUGACUGGAGAAAACAAUUUCUAAAGUAUCUGUGCCAAUGCGGGAAUAUUUCAGAAUAAAGGAACAAACUAAAAGUGACAGGUGUCCCACCUCCUUUAUUCGAUAUCCUGCCUCUUGUAGGAUUCCUGCCCCCUCAAAGUGCUAUUUUGCCACCCUAAACAUUGUUUUUGGGGUGGGUUGUGAUCCAUUUGGAUUUUUGUCUUGUUGCCCAUGACCCCAUGGAUUGUGUUUCAAGUCAUCGUCCCCAUAUAACCCCAAAACCUUAGGAGCCUCAGUCACGCCCAACCAAUAAACACAAAGAACACAAAAGUGCAAUCAAUAUUUCUGUUUGAGAAAUAUUAUUGAUAAGUUCUAAUACUGGCUGUUGCUGAUACAAGAGGCAAGCAAGUCUGAUCUUAAAUGGUGUAAUCAGACCCACAAUGCAGCACUCCAAAAUAUCACAUUUGUGGGGAAUCCUAAACCUGUCCUAAAAGGAGGCAGGACUUCUAGUGAAAAUGGGGCAGGGCACAUCUCACAAGUCACUUUUCGUUUGACAAAUCGUGGUAGUAUUAUUCUUAUUCUUAUUAUUUUAUAUGCUGCCCUACACACGCAGGUCUCAGGGUGGUUCCCCUGGUCUUACAGCUAUAACUAUUUAACAUUUUCUUCACCUAAUGUGUACUGUAAUCUCCUUUUUCUGUAGUCCUACACUCACCAUGGCACAUAGGAAUCUCACUGGGAGCUGUAACGUCAACUGUGGCUGCAAAAUCCAUGAAUAUGAACCUGUGUGUGGGUCAGAUGGAAUCACAUAUUUCAACCCUUGUCUGGCUGGUUGCAUCAGCAGUGGAAAUCAUAGCACAGGGGUAAGGAUAUCCACAAGUACACAAACUGUACUUCUCAUGCCAUGCCAGAAAAACACUUAAGCAAGUAAGGUCAUUACCCCUUUCUUCCAUUUUCAAUGCUACCCAUCCCCAAACCACUCACUUACGAGACAGGCAUUAGCUCAGCGGCAGAGCACAUGCUUUUCUGGCAAAAAGUCCCAGAUUAAACCCCUGGUAUAUGCUGAAACCCCAAAGAGCCAUUGCUAGUUAGUGCAGACAUUACUAAUCUAGAUAGACCAAUGAUCUGACUUGACAUAAGGCAAGUUCCUAAAGAUACUGACAUAUAGCUUAACAGAAAAUGACAGUUGCUCCUCUACUGAAUGAGAUCCCCAGCCUUAAGCAUGGAAAAAUAUCUUAAGACUGAAAUAGGAGACCUUCUCCUUCAGAAGUAAUAUUCAGCUUACAAGUUUUGCAAAACCUUUUUGUGCUUUCACAGCCAAGGAGGGCUUCUGUUCUUCAAAUGAUCUAACCUCAGGCAUUCUUUAAUUCCAAUUGCUAUUAUAGUCUUUCUGCCUUAAGAGCCUGUUCUUCUAAAAGGAGAGGGUCUCCUUCCUUCCAUAACUAACUGAAGAUGUCUUAGUGCUCUUUUUAGAACACACAGAAAGUGUGGGUGUUUCCACUCAGGGAGGCAGUACAUUUGGAUUUUGCGAGCUAUACUGAUUAAACACCCACCAGACAAUCUUUUUCAGGGAAGCUGCUAGCCUGCCCCCAACUAGCCAAUCAGUAGCUGUAACUCAGUCUUCUCCAACCCUGGUUCCUCCUAGAUGUUACUGGGCUACAACCCCCAUCAUUCCCAGCUCACAUGGCCAAUGGCCAGGGAUGGUUGGAGUUGUAGUCCCAACAACAUCUGGGGGGAAGCAAGGUUGGAGAAGGUUGUUCUAGCUAAAUGGUUGUGUAAUCUGCUACUCCCCCAGAGUUGCUCAAUGCUAUAUCCUUGUUUGCCUAUCCUACUCGGUUGUCCAGCUCUACUCCUGGCCUGAUUUCCCGCUUGUGCUGCCCAGCUCUAAUAUUACAUAACUCUACUUCAUCCUAACCUCUCCUGCCAGACCCACCAUAGUGUGUUUAAAGAACUAACUUCUUUUGCCUUGAUUUCUGCACUGACUUCUCUUAGACUCUAAAGUCUUUAGCAUCUCAUUACUUCUAGCCCAGUAUUUCCCAAACUUUGCCCCUCAUGGAGCUCUUCAAAAAUGUUGAGGGUCGUGGAGGACCUACCACUCAAUGGUUUUUCUGCUUGUUGUGCCAAUUGUAAUGGGCUGUGCUGCAUGCUGCCUGCAUUUUUAUUGCUCCUUUUAAUUAUUGGAUUUUAUUUUAUUGCAUUACAAUUUGAAUUCCGUAUAAGCAAUAAGAGCUGUAAAAAUACAGUUAAAAAUCAAAAUGAAUAUUUAAUGCAGGCAUGCCACAGACCACACAAAUGAAGUUUGCUGAUCAUGUGUGGUCCACAGACCAGUUUGGGAACCUUGUUCUAGCCCACAAGGAACUGCAUGAUUAUAUAGGAUGGAACUCCAAUUUACCUCUGCAAGCACAUGUUCCAAACCUGCAUUUGUGUAGGUAACAGGUGUGUGCAGGUGUUGUUUUUUAGGAGAGAAUAGGAGGUGGAAGGGGGGAGUGCUUAAUCAUUUGCACUGAUUCUUUCCUAUAAAUACCUGGCCGUUUCCUUAGCGUUAUAAGACAACAUAAGAUCAAUAAGUCACUUUCACUUUCCCCCUAGCUAGCACAUUGUGCCAAUUCAAUGGAAGCAUAAAAUACAAACAAGAAACCUUAGCAUUUGAUGCUCCUUGUCUUUGAUGUUCCACAGAUAAGAAAUUAUACAGAAUGUGCCUGUGUCCAAAGCAGACAAGUUAUUACACCACCGACAGUUGGACAGCGCAGUCAGCUGAGAGUGGUGAUCGUCAAAACAUAUCUCAAUGAGAAUGGUUAUGCUGUGUCUGGGAAGUGUAAUCGAACCUGCAAUACACUCAUUCCAUUCCUCAUUUUUCUCUUCAUUGUUACGCUCAUCACAGCAUGUGCCCAGCCAUCAGCAAUCAUAGUAACACUCAGGUGAGAGGUGCCUGAAUUAUUACAGUUUUAUUAGAGGGAUAGUAUGCUGUUACAAGGUUCUGGGGGUCUGUGUCAUCUUCAACAGGAUAUGCCUUAUCCUCAUUUAUCUGAUAAUAGAUAUCGAGGUGACCCCUUUGAUAUAUUUUAGUUAUAUGCACCCAGUUCACAGAGGCACUUGAAGAUAAAGUGUGAGAGAGGGACACAGUAGGAGUGGGCCAUUGCAGAUGAAACCACUUAAUAAACAAUCUAGGAGGGGAUUCAGUCGGGAAGAUGUGGAUCCGCUGCUUUAUUUGACCUCAUUAGUUCAGAAUGUAUAUGGUGAACUCCUUUUAAAAAAAAUAAUUUUAAUGGGUUGAAGAAGUGGUGAAGAUGAUCUGUGAUCUUCUCAGCUGGCUCGACACAAUACUUCUAAGAUGACCUAGGUCCCAGAAGUAGCAUGGAAGCUACUUUUCUUUCUGGAUAAAUUCAGUCCAUUUAUUACAUUCAUCAAAUGAUACAAUUUAGUAGAAACAGAAUAAAAGUCAUAAAAGGAAUACAGAUAUCACAGAGGAAACCAAAGGGAGUCCUUUGCUGCCUUUGGCUUCCAAAUUCUUGUAUGCCCUGAGCUCUCCAAAGUAGGGUGGAGAAGCAAUUUAAUGGGGAUAGAAAACAAAGCCCGAUAAAAGAGUUGAUUCAAUUAGGAUGCAAAGCUUUUCAGUUUGCUUCUUCACUUAAAUUACUUUAUGUGAACCUUUGGAUUUGAGUCUAUUAACUGCCUUGUUUGCACUUAACUCUGUGAAUGCUUUUUUUGUAUACUAAUAAGUGGACUCACACUCUCAACUUCUUCUCAAUAAGGAUUUUUUAUUAUUAUUUAGAGAAAUUGAAGGUAUUACUAAAUAUGCCUUGCAGUUUAAGGCUUUAAAAUACCAUGUGUCUUUUUUAGGUCUGUGGAAGAUGGUGAGAGGCCUUUUGCACUUGGGAUGCAAUUUGUUUUAUUAAGAACCCUUGGUAAGUGUAGUCAUGUAGGGGUAACUUAUUGCUUCAGAUCAUAUUAUUUAGGAAAAUUAUUGCAAAAAUACGUAAUUGGAUGGAGUUAAAUUUGAGACACUAGUUUUGGCUUGGAACCCAGUUGAGUAAGUUGCUUUGCUACAUUUGAACCCACUUAUUGGUAAAUAUCACCCACAAGAUCUUUUGCCCCUUCUUAAACUUUAGGUAUGUGUAGUUGUUUGCAAAGUAUUUUGGCCUUCGCAAACCAAACCGGUUUUAUUAUGCAAUCGUAUAUUAACUGUUUUAAUCUGGGAGUCAAUUAAUCUUAAUCUUCCUGUUUAUUUCAGCAUACAUUCCCACUCCAAUUUAUUUUGGAGCUGUCAUUGACACAACCUGCAUGCUGUGGCAACAGGAGUGUGGUGUGCAAGGCUCAUGUUGGGAAUACGAUGUGACGUCGUUUCGUUUCGUCUACUUUGGUCUGGCUGCUGGCCUAAAAUGUGUUGGAUUCCUGUUCAUUUUCCUUGCCUGGUACUCCAUUAAAUACAAAGAAGAGAAGCUGCAAAGGCAGAUGUGGAGGGGCUCAUCUAUCAACACAGUGAGUGAGGUGGUGGGGAACACCGGAGCUCAGCAAAACUAUGCACGGACUAGAUCCUGCCCCACUUUUAGCUCUCAAGGCGAACAUACUGAAGAUGCUGGUCCGUCACUAGGGAUGCAUUACAUAGCGCAGACCUAUCCUGGCCCCCUUACAGAAGCAAUAAAUGCCCCAGAUGAAAAGGUCUCAGAAGUACCCACUCCUGAGAUAUAGAGCCCUUUGGUAACCUCAAAUUUGGUUUGUUGGUCAGUUUUUAAGUAUGGGGCCUUUGGAAACACCCGUGCCUUCUUUUUCUUAACCUGAUCUGCAACAGAUAACAAACCAACAAAGCUUAAUGCACAGAGCCAUGACCUAUCUGAGGGCUGGAAACCUCAAAACAACCCAGGUAGCUCUUUCUUCCCUUUUUGGGAAGGGAGUUUUAAAACAUGUUUGUAAGUAUUUCAGCUGUGUCUGUUAAAUCCCCAAGUUCCAGGCAAGUGUUAAAAAAGGCAGAACUCAAGAUUGACAGAAAUGAAUAUCCAAAGUUACAAAACAAAUAAGGUAAUGCAUCCACAACUCCUGGACUGGGGAGGAGUAAGUAUUUAUUUUGACUUCUGUUUCAAAGCACAACUAAAACCAGUCUCAGCUAUGCAACUUGGAUUGGAUAACUUUUUUGUUCUGUGUAUCUAUUUUCCCUCAAAAUUUCUCAAAUCAUCUGAAUUAGAAAAGAGGGCAUUUUUGUUAUAUUUUAAAUAAAGAGUACUUGAAACCAUAGAACAGUUAAAUACACUGGGUAUGGUCUGAAAUUCUAAGGCAUAAUAGUUUAAACCUGUUCAAUUCAUUUAAUUCUAGCAUGAUGAUGUAGUAUUUUUUAGUUUAGCGCAGAGAAUUAUAACCACCAGUAAUUUUAGUAUUAAACCGUAGUAAUAUUAAAGCGUUUUAAAUAUGUGCAUAAAGAGCAGCUCGGUAUUUGUAUAUUCUUGCAACAAGGAGAUAAUCUGCCACAGAUACUCUUAAUACUGCUUUCACCAAUUCCACACCCAAGCUAUCUUAGAAUGAAUAGACACACACAAAAAGGAUGACCUUUUGGGGUUGUGGCAAUUUGAGAAGAAUCUCACGUUAAUUAAAGCUGUUGGAAUUGCACAGUGGUUUGCUUAUUUUGUCAAAUGAACAGAUCGCCAUUCACAUAUCUCAUCAUGCACUGAGUGUCAAUCUGAGUAUGUGAUAGUGCAAUUAAAUGCCUGUUUUGCCAUGUGGCCUGCUGUAACGCGCACUGAAUUCUUUCCAAUUCCCCAAGGGUGAAUUGUUGGGCAAGUGAUGCUUGGCUGUAGGACAGCCAGAGCUGAUCUCCCGUUGCUGCAGUAUUAGAGGAUACAUGUGUACAUAGGUUCCAAGGUAUGGAGAAACAGAGAUUCAAAAGCUACAUAUAUAAUAGUUGAGUGAUUCUUCCAUCUUACAGUUGGGUGGUUUUUUGUGUGCCAACCAACCAGAGGUAGUCUAGAGUAGAGCACUGUCACUUGGACAAGAUGCUUAAUGCUUUCCCAUCUUUACUCAAAGAUUACACCCUUCAGCUUCUCUCAUGCUGUUCUCCCUCUUGUCUUUUCCCGAUAGGUGGGACAAUAGCUUGGAAGGGCAGUGGAUUUCUGAGUGGGCAUAUAGCAAGAAGGAAGAGUUAAGCAGCUGUGCCUGCUCUUCCUCCAUUUAACUUGGUUAUUUUUUUACUUUAUAUAUUUUUAAACUGUUGAUGGAAAAAAAUCACACAGCUAAGUGUUGUAUAUAGUUUGAUCCAAAGUUCCAGGUUUUCUUGUUUUGUUCGAUUUAAAUUUAUCAAAUUUCUUUCGUUAUGCAUUCGUUUUUGUGGGGCUGUAAUUCCCAGAUAGUCUAUGUAGUAUAUUCCCAGUGAGAUGAAAAAGGCUUCUGAGUGUUCACUGAGAUUGUUGUUUAUGUCUUGGAAGUACUACAAGACUGUGCUGUGUAUUGUAUCAAGGUAUUUGAAGUCAUGAAGGAUUGCUGUUGUGAUGGUUUUCCUUCUUGCAGUUAAAGAGCUGUACAGGGAAUUCUGUGCAUGCAGUGGGAUGUCGUAAUCCCACUUUGCGGAUGCAGUUGUCAGAGGUUCUAGGCAUUACGAAGAGGAAAGAUGAAUAGGACAAAUGUUUCAGGCCACAUUUCUAGCAGAAGAAAGCAGUAAGGGAAAUACUGUGAGAGAAAGUGAGAAGCAUGUGAGGUAAUGCGCAUAUAAAUGAUGCUAGUGGUUGCUAUGGCAGUGUGCAUAUGUAGUGUGGAUCUUCAAAACCCAGUUUGCGUUGAUGAACAUGUAACGUGGAAGCAUCGUUAGUGCUGGCAAUGGAUUAUCUGAGGCACUGUGGUUCUGAAAAGUUGAGGAGGCACUCAUGUUCAUGAAGCUGGCGCCUGAUUUUGUGGUUUGCAAGGAGCCAAGGUUGCAUAUGAACUAGCAGUAGCCCUGUAUUUCAAGGAAAUGUGUUGAAAAUGCAGGUUUCAAGUCAAAGGGUAAAUUGCCCUUCAGUCAGCAUUUUCCAAGUGGUGUGCAUGUCUGUGAAGAAUCAUGCUCAAGAGACCUUCACUGUCACUGUGAUUGUUGAAAGCGGUAGCAGGAGGUCUGGUCAUACAACUUAAUUGCUUAAUUGCUUCACAUUGCUGUUCUUUUAUUGGUCUUCUUUGAUGCCACCCCUUUCAGAUGUGGAAGAAGGGGGACAACUCUUUUAGGGGAGCAAUGUAAUACUUCAAUUACAUUGAACGCCCCCCAACAGUGUUUUAAGUUCUAAAUAUUUUGAUAACAUUGUAUAUAGUGUAAAUGGAAGUAGACAGCCAUAAAUAUUAAUGUAAAUACAUGUUUAUAGUUGUAGCAUUAAGCAUAUUUAUACAAACCUAAUAUUGCCUCAAAAUCUUCAAGUUCUUCUAUCUACAAUUAUCAGUGUUGGUUUUACACCCUUGAAAUCUGAAAUGUUAUCCAAAGUUGCCUCCAAUGUACUGCAUUAGUCUGAGCUUAUUUAUUUCAGAUCAUUGUGUCAUUUAUGUAUUUAUAGUGUGUGUUACUACUCUUGUAUCCUGCAAUACAUUGUCAUAAAACACAGGGUGUAAGGCCAGGACUUGUUCUAGGAGUGCUGUGACUGAACACUUCCAAAGCUCCCCACCCCCUUUUAGUAGAGAAAAUAAUGAAAGAUGCAACUGGAUUACCUUUUGAACUAGAUACAUACUGCCCUGGUGCUAAUGUGAUGAAGUAAUUCUUUCUCUGGCAUGAGAAUAUUUCAUACAAGUUUAAAUAGCUGCAUGUGCUUGCCUUCUGAAAUUCUCAUUGUUGUCUACAAAAGUGCACAUAAUUAUUGGUAGGUUGGGCACACACUUCUGCUCCACAUGUUGGUUGCUUGCCUGAAGUAGUACAAAAUUUAAACCAAUAUCUUUAGGUACUUUAGGCAUGAAGAAUGGACUGUUACUCAUUCUCUGUUGAUCUGAAAAUGUAACAUUCAGGAAAAGGAUAGUAAAGACACUGUGCUUCAGUUUUGCUAAACAGAUGUGAUAGGCAAGUUUUCAAGGUUUCUGUGGCAGACAUAAAACACAUAUAUUGGUCACUUGAUAUUCCUUCUAAAUAGCCCCCACAAUCAUUUGGUCAGGUUAAUACUGAAUGAACAUGGUGAUAGUGUCAGUGGAGACAGUCAAACUAUGCCUUUUGGCUUCUGAACUUUAUAACAGGUAGUACUCUGCUGCAGAACAGAGCAGUUAGCGAAGCUGUGCAGUAACCACAUAUGUUUGAGGCUUACUGGAAAUAUGUAGUAAUUCUACCUGAGAGGAAAAUUGCAGGGAUUAACUUAACUAGAAAUACUUCAAAAAUAUGCAAUUUUCAAUUGCUGUUAGCUUUUUAAAUACUUGGCUACUUCUCUCUCUUCCAGGCAAAAGGGACAUUGCCACUGGUUGUACUUGCAUGCAAUGGUGUGCUCCUCUCCUCCCCUUGUUUCAUUUUUAAAUUCUGCAAAGUUUCAUUAUAAGCUGACUACAAACCAUGGAUUAUGAUGCUUUAAACCCAAGAUUCCUGGCUUAAACUAAAUUGUAAUGCUAAAUCAAAACUCUUUAAAAAUGAAACAUGGGGAAGGGGCAAUAAGUUUCACUUGGACUCAUUGAGACCCAUUUCCGUAGUGCUAAACCGUGUUCCUGAAAAGAAAUAUAUGGUAUUAAUCAAGGGAGCAAGCUAGUUAAAAAGAUUAUAGCAUAAAUGGUUUUUUUUUAAUGUGUCCAACGGGAAAGUGUUUAGCUACCUGCCUGUGGUAACAAAAAUGCAAUUUGAUGGAUACAGUAGGUUUCUUUUUAGUGAAGAUUUUUACUAAGACGUCCAUGGAACAAAUAAUAUGUGCAAGUUCCUGUAAAAUAAACAUUAUGGGCAAAAUUUGUUGUAAACAUCUCUUUGCAAGUGAACCCCUUGGAUACUUCAACAUUUUGAAAUAAAAAUGGCUUCUCAGUGUGUUUUGUUGCUGUACA